AUGGAUCUCAUCUCCCAAUCCCCAAAUUUAAAGUGCUGUCUUGGGUCAGCUAACAAACACAAGCAGGUCAGUUAUUACCUCUCAAUGCUCUUUUUGUUUAAACUGUACAGUCAAGCAAAAACUGUGGCUUCUUUGCCUGUAUCCCUUUCAUGGCAUAAUACAUUAGUAAUACAAAAUAAGAGGUGAUGAUUAUUCCCAGUGCUCAGUUUCUCAAAUCAGCAGUGAGGGCUAGAAGCCUGCAUGAGCAGCUCCGUCUUUUUCGGGGGCUUGGCCUUGGUCUGCCCAGGGGAGAGAGAAGGAGAUGCACUCUGCACGCGCUCCGAGAGGCCUUCUUCCCCAGUCCACUACUGCAGGGCUGGCUGGGCGGAUGGAUCCUGCACGGCCAGCGCCGUUUCCGAGGAGGCCCGGGCUGGAGAUGCCUUCAGGCCAUGUUGGGGGCUGCUCUCGGUUUCCUACUGAUUCUAACCUGUUUAGGGAUCUGCGUCCCCCGCCCCCAAAGAACGUGGUCUGGCGACGGGCUGCCCUGGCUCCGGCUUCCUCGGGGCAGAGCCCUCCUCGCGCCCUCCGACGGGGGUCCCGAGCGGCGCCCCGUCUCCGCGCCUCCCCUUUCCCCGCCGGGCGCCCUGCGUCUCCCGGGCUCGGCCGUUCCGCGCCCGGCUCCCCUCCCGCGCCGCCGCGGCUCCGCCCCCUCGGCUGUUCCGCUGCGCGCCGCGCCGCCCUCCGCCCAGCUCCGGACCCAAGAUGGCCGCCGUGUCAGUUUGGGUCUUCGCCGCCGUCCGGCCUCAGGCUCCUGGGCUCCGCCUCGCGUAGGCCCCGGUAAGCAGCGGCGGCCGCGGCGCCCUCCGGCGGGCGGAGGGCGAGGGCGGGCGGGCGGAGGGGCGGCUCCGUGCCGGGCAGCGGCGGCGAGAGGCGAAGCAGGAGGAGGCGGAGGCGGGGAGAAGCCGAGGGAGCGAGAGGCUGCGCGCGGGCGGGCGGGCGGGCAUCGGGCGGGCUCCUCGCGCCAGGCCCGGCCGCGGCCUGCUCCGGCCCGGCCCAGGCUCGCCGCGCCAGGCCCAGCCGCGGCCUCGCCUGCCUGGCCGCCUCCCUCGGCGCCCGCCCGCCCGCCCGCCCGCCCGCCGGCGGCAGGUGCAGGCCAAGUCGGCCUCGGCGGCGCCAGAGCGAGCGGGCGGGCCCUAGCCGGCGAGGCCGCCGCGGGGCCGGAGCGCCGCCGCUUGGCAUCCGGGCCGCCUCGGGCGAGGCCUCCUCGGCUUGGCCGCGCUUCGCCGUCGGGGACCCCGCCGCGGGCGAGGGGCUGGGCCCGCUGCCGCCUCCUUGCCCGGGGCCUGAAAGUGCGAGAGGAGAGAAGCGGCCGAAGGACGGAGACGGCCCGCCGCCUCCGGACCCAACUUGCGCUGCCGCUGCCGCUGCUUCUCCUUACAUAACGCCUUUUCUCGCUCGCUCUGGCGGCCACUUGUUUAUUGUUGCUUUUUUGAAACACACGCACGAUGCGAGCGACUUUUCCUUUUCCCGACUUCGGAAGAUGCGCGGCGCUUCCUUAGGCUUCGCGGCCACCCAGAUCUUGCGGUGUUCAGACCUGAGCGCCCCUUGCAAACUUAAAAACAAAAACAAAAAAGGGAUUCUAAAGAGGGUAAAAACUUUAUCCCGUAAAGUUAGGGUAGGCGUGCAGUGCAUUACGCCAUAAUUCUUCUGUACAUCCCUUGCAAGUUUAGGGAGUUUUAAAGUUUGUUCCCUUGCAUCUUGGAGCCUGAGGUGGGAUACAUGUGAUUGCCACUCAAGCCCUGACCAGACCCCAACCAUGCUCCGCUUGAGCAGGUGGUAGGGUCAUACACUUUCAGAAAGUAGCGUAGCUGCAACCUUCAUGUAGGUGUUGGGUUUGCCCGACUGCUGUGAAAGGUUGGGCUAGAUGGGCUUCUGCAGCUUUCUUGUUAGGCAGUUGCCUUUGCCCCUCCCAACUUACCUUCUUUCCCCCCAAAUGAUGGUGACUUGUCCAACCAGCUUGUUUUCUUGUAGUAAUCCUGCAAGUCUCUUUCCUGGGUGAGGAGAUGGAAUGAGCUGGGUUUUCUAUGCAAUUUUCUUCUCUACCUUUGGAGGAUUUUGCCUCAGUUCUUUUGAUGGUUAGUGCCUUCUAAAUGGUGUUUUGCUUCAAGUCCAGACUUGUUGAAGAAUUGGCCCAAUACAUUGCCAUUUUAAAUGCCAAAUCUUUAAUUGCUUUCAGAUUUUUUUUUAGACCAAAUAUUCUUGGACAAAUUUCCCUUUUUUAACACAGCUAUGCUGACGCUGUUGUGCUGAGGGGCUAGCAAAACUUUACAGUUAGGAGCUGCUUGUUAAAAAGUCAAAUAACUCUGUUUUCUCUUUUUUCUUUCUUUCAGGCUUACCAUUUUAUUUACUUGUGUACCAGAUUGGGAAUGUAAAGAGCUGGAAUGAGAUGUGCUGAAUUCGUCUCACCUGUAUGAUACACCUGCUGCUUUUUUUGGAGGCAUUGGAAAAUAUGAAUUGAUUCCUAACAGGAUAUAUAUUUUUAAAUGGAAAAUAGGAAAUCUUAUGUUUGAAAAAGGAAUUUGGGGCAAACAACGUGUAUGCUAUGGUUAACUGGUCCCUAUCCUCCGAUCAUCUGUUUUCCCAUUCUGUGAAACUCCUUCAGUAUAGGGAUAAGGGAUAACGACUCUAUGGAUAUACAGAAGUCUUCAUCAUGGUAAAACUCGCUAACCCGUUGUACACGGAGUGGAUUUUGGAGGCAAUUAAAAAGGUCAAGAAGCAAAAACAGCGCCCUUCAGAAGAGAGGAUAUGCAAUGCUGUGUCUUCGUCCCAUGGUUUGGAUCGAAAAACGGUUCUGGAGCAAUUGGAACUGAGUGUUAAAGAUGGGACCAUAUUAAAGGUUUCCAAUAAGGGACUUAAUUCCUAUAAGGAUCCUGAUAACCCUGGGCGAAUAGCACUUCCCAAACCACGAAACCAUGGAAAGUUGGAUGGUAAACCAAACGUGGACUGGAAUAAACUGAUUAAACGGGCAGUUGAGGGCUUGGCAGAGUCCAGUGGCUCAUCCUUGAAGAACAUUGAACGCUUUUUGAAAGGGCAGAAGGAUGUGUCAGCUCUAUUUGCAAGCAGUGCCCCUUCCACCUUUCACCAGCAACUGCGAUUGGCUGUCAAGCGGGCAAUUGGCCAUGGGCGACUCCUUAAAGAUGGACCUCUGUACCAACUCAAUACUAAAGCAGCCACAAAUGCAGAUGGGAAAGAGAGCUGUGAAUCUCUUUCUUGUCUUCCUCCAGUAUCUCUCCUUCCACAUGAAAAAGAUAAGGUAAGAACCACUUGCUAACCAGCUCUUGGGUGCUGAAUGGCAGAUUCAGUGUUUCACAUUACUUUUACAAAAGUAACUUGUAAAUGUGUUGGUUUGUUAACUAAGAGUGUGAGCUGAGGACUCUCAGCUCAGCUCUGAACUCCCAAGUGGCUUUAGGCAAGGCCUUAUCCCUCAUCUUUCAAUUUGCAAUAUGUGUGUGUGUGUGGGGGGGUAAUACCAGUUUACCUCAUAGGUCUAUUGUAAGGAUUACUAAGAGAAGGCAGCUUUGCUCUGUCAGUUUUAAGCAGCAUUAUUAAAAGCACUACAGAUAUGCCUUGUGCAUUUUAUGGUGCAUAGAUUAUUCUUUCCAAGCAUUGGGUAUUUUGUUUGGAGGAGAGCAGAUCAAUUUUAAACAGGCAGAUUCGCAGGGAGACAGAUAUGUGGUGUCUCUCCUUAAGCUGCAUGUUAACUGCUCCUGGUUGGUGGGGGGCUUUUAUCCUCUUCCAAUGGGUGAAUUAAAUUUACACUUGCAUUUUUGGCAGUGUAAGUUGCACUGAGCUCUGUGUGUAGGGCCAGUGAAUGAAGAUAGUGAGGAUGCGGCAAACCAUAGUUUAUACCUCCUCCUCCUCCACCUCCUCCAACUCCUCCUCCUCCAUGAGCUGCUUUCCCCACCCUUGACAUGCCCCCUUUUGCCCUGUACACUGGUGUUACUUUCCCCAGCAGGGCUUUUCUUCAGCUGGUGUAAGUCCAUGAGCUGGGUAAGCUAUUUACACUCACAUAAGGCCAGCUAAGUUGGGGUGGAGUUGAUAUGCUUCAUCUUAACUUCUCCCAGAUAAUGUACAUGAGGUUUAGGAUCCUAAACCUCAUAACUUCAGUAUACUUUCUUUCCCAAAUACACAGUAUUGAAUUUAUUGUUAAGACCUUCCAUGUCCUCUCAAGUUUUGUCCUCACUGGGAAAGAGUGAGGGAAGCUGCUUUUAAGCAACUUUGGAAAUGGGAUGGGUGUGUAUUUUAAAUGGGAAGGUGGGGUUUGUAUGUUCAAGAAUGAGUAGCUGUUGAUGUAAUGAAUGUGAUAAUCAUAGAGACCUCUUAUUUGUUACAUUAAAAUUAACACCUGUCCUGAUACUAAGUUUGGGAAAGCCGAAAGAUAACUAACAUUAGAAAUUAAUUUGUUCAUGCUGUAUCAUCUGACUUUUCAGUUAAUAUUACAACUCGCUCCUUCAGAAUGGGCUCUACUUUCUUGCUUUGCCACUAAAUAGAUGAAUAGAUUCAAAUGGAUUCAGAGGCAGUAAGCUUCUCAAUGCCUGUUAUUGAGAGUGCUCAUAUGCUCAGCUCAGAGAGCCAGUAUGGUGUAGUGGUUAAGAGCGGUAGUCUCGUAAUCUGGGGAACCGGGUUCGAGUCUCCACUCCUCCACAUGCAGCUGCUGGGUGACCUUGGGCCAGUCACACUUCUUUGAAGUCUCUCAGCCCCACUCACCUCACAGAGUGUUUGUUGUGGGGGAGGAAGGGAAAGGAGAAUGUUAGCCGCUUUGAGACUCCUUUGGGUAGUGAAAGGCGGGAUAUCAAAUCCAAACUCUUCUUCUUCUUCCCCUGGUUGGUCACUGUGAGAGCAGGUUGCUGGGUUAGAGCCAUUGACCUGAUCCAGCAGACCCUUCUUACAUUCCUAUUACCGUGUCUCUGGACUGCUGGAUGAAACAGGUCACUUGCCAGCAUAGAAAAUUUCAAAGUUGUAGUUUUACUUUCUGAAUUGACUAUUUUCUUCGAUGGUGUACCAAGUUUUAUGUUGCACUGUUUCCCCUCCUUCCUCAAAAUUUGUUAUUGCUAGUAAAAACCUGGUAGGUACUUUAUUCUAUCAACUAGUCCUAAGCUGCUAUUUCUCCUAAUUGGGAGGAAGAUUAGAUUACUGGGAAUGCAAUGUGGUAGUAAGAGCUGAAGGUUUUAAGUGCUGGUAUACACUAAAAAGUCUAGAGAUACCUAAGGGCCCAUAAAUGUAAUUCCAAUUGAUCUUGGAUGACAAGGCAGACAGUGACAUGUCUAGUGAAGAGAGCUGGCAGACUAGAGUUCACAUUCUUGCUAAGCCACAAGCUGGUUGGAUGACAAGUAUUUGGCUGUUGGCCUUGGUUCACCUUCUAUAGAGUGAGAAUAGCAUUGGCCUGCCUAUUUGACAGUGAUGUGAUUAAGAGCUUUGAUUGCCAUGUGUAACUUACUGUAGUGAAUUUAGCACAUGGGAUGAGGAAAAAGCUGGGGAUUUUGUGAAUCAGUUAUAUUGCCAGGUCUGUGACCAUAUAAUUUAUUGUUGAUAUCACAUAUUGUCAUUCUUCUAAGACAGGAAGUUUCUGUCUUUAAAGUAGCCCCUGUUCCUAGCUUUUGUGGGCUUGGAAAAUCAUGUUGAACAUUGCAGUUAUACAAGAUUUAGAUAUUAUAUAUAUCUUAAGUAUAGAAAUACAAUGGUACCUCGGAUUAAGAGAUACUUCAUUAGAAAUGAAGCAGACAUUGGUUAUUUGCAAAUGAAAAGUAAAGUGUAGCACCAAUAACUUUUAAACGAUGUCCUGUCAAUCUUAAUUUUGUUGACUGUUUCAAAUAGUCUGCCAACCUCAUUUGGUCUUGGUAGAUAAAAGUUUGAAAUCUGUGGUUGUGAUGUGAAUACGUUACUAAGGUAGCAACGGUGACCAUUGUCUAACUCAGUUGAUACAUAGAGUAAACACUGUUAGUCAGUAAUGCUACAAACUUGUCAUCUUGGAAAUCUUAAAUAUUGGGAUACAGGAAAAAGAUAUUACAUGAUCCAGUGUAGCAAGUAGCAUUGGUGAAGGCCAGAGGAAGUCUAUAGUUUGUCAUAGUAGCUGUUCUCCCUAUUGAUCUCAUUUGUAGUACUUUGGGUUGCUUUUGACAUGAGAGCAUUCUUCCUGACUUACAGUGGUAAUGGGUUGUCCACUCUCAUGAAUGCACCCAUUCCUUUUGGAAACAUUACCCUUCUUCCAAAGAGUAAAGGUGGUGUAAGGUAAAGGUAAAGGGACCCCUGACUGUUAGGUCCAGUCGCGGACGACUCUGGGAUUGCAGCGCUCAUCUCACUUUACUGGCUAAGGGAGCCGGUGUACAUGUGGCCAGCAUGACUAAACCGCUUCUGGCGAACCAGAGCAGUGCAUGGAAAUGCCGUUUACCUUCCUGCCGGAGCGGUACCUGUUUAUCUACUUGCACUUUGACGUGCUUUCGAACUGCUAGGUUGGCAGGAAGUGGUGUAGAAGGGGGUUAUCUAGUUUUACAUCCAUAAUACAGUGGUACCUCGGGUUACAGAUGCUUCAGGUUACAGACGCUUCAGGUUACAGACUCCGCUAACCCAGAAAUAGUACCUCGGGUUAAGAACUUUGCUUCAGGAUGAGAACAGAAAUCGCGCAGCAGCGGUGCGGCGGUAGCGGGAGGCCCCAUUAGCUAAAGUGGUACCUCAGGUUAAGAACGGACCUCCAGAACGAAUUAAGUACGUAACCAGACGUACCACUGUAAUAUUGUCUGGUAGCUGAAGCUGAGAAAUAAUGAGUGAUACAAGGUCUACCCAGUAUGCUUCAAGGUUGAGCAGCAUUUUGAAUCCGCUAUUCUGUUGGCCAUUUCCAUUUCCUAUGGCAACUUAUGCAAAGAGUAAUGGUUAAGAAAACAUUAAUUUCUUAAAGGUGCAUGGGAGAAUUUCAUCAGGCAUUCUCUUCUAGCGAUCUCUUUUUGGUUGAUGUCCUGUUUACACACAUCCCUUCUGGUGUUAGAAGCUCAGAUAUAUAGGCUAGGUGCCAAAUGGCACCUUAAAUCUAGGUUGUGGUUGCCACAAUGGAAUGUCUGUUCACCAGGGGGUUGGACUAGAUGACCCUCAGAGUCCCUUCCAACUCUAUGAUUCUGUGAUCUCAACUGCAUUGCUUGACCUUACAAUUCACUUGUCCCAGUAUUCAAAAAGGAAAAAAGCACACACAGGGGAAAUGGAAAUGGUAUUAAAUAUGAACUAAGGCAGAGGUUUUUAAACUGGUCGCCAACCUGGCACCCAGAAAUCUCCAUGUAGUUGCAAUUGGACCCACAGCAGUAGCAAAACGCGUCUGGUGCCUGGUUGGUUUCAAACGCUGGUCCCUUCUAUUAAAGGAUCUGAUACAAUGAUGCCCCUGUUGCUGGAUCCUCUGUUUGUUGUUGAUUCUCUGUUUGUAACUACAGUCAUACUUUGGAUCCCGAACGCCCUGGAACUCGGACGUUUCGGCUCCCAAACACCACAAACCCGGAAGUUACUGUUCCUGUUUGCAAACAAUUUUUUGGGGAACCUGAACGUCCGAUGGGGCUUCCGCGGCUUCUGAUGCUUCUUUCAGCCAACCAGCAGCUGUAAUUUGGUUUUCGAAUGUUUUGGAAGUCAAACGGACUUCCAGAACGGAUUCUGUUUGACUUCCAAGGUACGACUGUACUAAGAUUGCAAGGCUCCGUCUGGGCGCAGAGGGAGUCACUUGGAGUCCACUCCGCCCACCCCCACCCCUGAAAUAUCUGGAAUACAGCUGCUGGAUAUUCCAUGGAGAGAAAUGAGAGAGCCACUGCUUGAUGGGAAACCCUGACCGUUGCUGCAUGUUUAACAUAGCAGUGUUGUGGCUAAUGUAGGGGAGGUAGCUGAAGGGCGGGUAGGUAUGCUGAACUUCUAAGGUAGUCAUCUCAAGCCAUCUUACUAGAAAUAAAAAAUUCCGUUGAAUUCUGUUCUGAAAUAAUUCUGAGUAGAAAUGCUUUGGAGGGGGCUGUUGAGAGCAUAGCGCUUACCUAGAAUAGAUCACAUGUCUUUUCUGGGGUUAGGUUUUGAACAUGGGAACAAAUUCACACACACAAAAGUUCUUUUGAGCAUUUGGCAAAGCUUUCAAACUGAGUCUCUAAAGCUUUCCAACUGACUAUGUCUAAAUCCCUUCUAAGUUUCAAAUCUGCAUGCUAACCCUUUAUUGAUUUUUUUUCUCAACAAGGUGGUGCCAUAGAUUUAAGUAAAUUAUAUUUCAUGCUGUCUGGUAUUUAACUUCCACUUCAACAGUGAAAUACGUUUUUGUACAUUCUUGCCAGCUUUAUUUCUAAAUUCUCACUAUGCUGUUGUAGGUGCACCAUGUCAGUGCUUAAAAAGAUUGCCUGAUAUAAAGGGAUAAAAACAUUUGGCAAUCCAGCAUAUGUUAGCAAAAAGGUAUUGCUUUGAGAGACACAGACAUUCCCUCCAAAAUAAGAUAAUCUAAAAGUUGAAGUCAUCAAGAUAGAGUGAGACAGACAUUUCAGUCACACUGGUCUUUGCUUAACUCUCUGUUCUGAGCCCUGCAAUUCACUGGCUGGUCUCGGGCAAAUAACAUCCUUAUGGUGACUUAUUGAUAAGUUGUAAAGUAUAUAAUACCUCCCUCCCCCCAGUUAUAUAGUUUUCCUAGUCUUUUCAAUAUCAAGACCCAAAGAUUUAACCCUGGCUUCACAAAUGUUGUAGCAAUGGUCUCCCAGUAAUGUAAUGCUAAUCCCCAUACUCUUAAGCAUUUCAGAGAACAUGUUGUCUGUAGUGGUUCUUGAAUGUUUUCGAGGGAUUUAUUUGAAUAACAACCUUGUUCAUUCAUAUGGUGUCUAACUUCUUCUGACAUUUUAAGCACUUGUUCACACUGUAGCCUUGAAGGCUGAAACCACUCUUGUCUUUUUAAUCUAACUACUUGGUUAAAAUGCCUAGUUAAAGGAAAGGAUGGCUUUUUAAAUACUUUGUACUUUAUGAAAAUAAAUGGCAGAGGAACCUAUUUUGCAUAAUUGCAAGUAAAACUCUAUGUACAACAGUAAGUACAUACUGCAAGUUUUAGGUGUGGCUGAAUUAGGGUGUUGGUUGUGUAGAAAAGAACUUGGAAGUUAUUUGUGUGAAACUUCUUGUGUCUGUGUUGGGUGAUGUAAUUACCAGCUCACAGUUUUUCUAGUUCCACAGAAUCCCACCUGACAUUCCUGUUUGGAUAUAGCUGAAUUAUUUUAAUCAUGAUAAACCUUGAUAGCUGUUGGAUACCUUUGGAUAGGGCAAUACCUGAAGUUAUGGUAUAUUGUGACAACUUUGAAUAUUGAAUAGCUCUCAUACAAGGAAAGUAUUAUUUUAUUUAAAACCAUGGCUAUUGAUUCAUGGAUUCUUUGGAGGAAAUUAUUUUGUAGAUGCUUAUGCUUUAGAGAGAUUCCUCAAGUUCUGCUCCUGUUUAUCAUAGUAAGGGAUUUCCUUGGCACUGAAAACUUAUGGUAAAUACAGACUACAUUUAGACAAAUUACACAGGACUCCUUGAUCACUAGGUGGAGCUCUUGAGUCGCAAAAACUUACUGGCGACCAAUUACCGUAUUUUUCGCUCCAUAGGACGCACUUUUUCCCCUCCAAAAAUGAAGGGGAAAUGUGUGUGCGUCCUAUGGAGCGAAUGCAGGCUUUCGCUGAAGCCUGGAGAGCGAGAGGCAUCGGUGCGCACCGACCCCUCUCGCUCUCCAGGCUUCAGGAAGCUAUCCGCAAGCCUUGCAAGCCCGGUGGGAGUUCCCGCGGGCUCACAAGGCUUGCAGGCAGCAGCCUGCAGCCCCGGCGAGUGUCCGCAAGCCUUGCGCGCCCGGCAGGAGGUCCCGCCGAGCGCGCGAGGCUUGGGGCAGCAGCCUGUCGCCCGAAGCACGGGAGCCCUCCGGAGGGCUCCCGUGCUUCGGGCGAGUGUCUGCAAGCCUCGCGCGCCCGGCAGGAGGUCCCGCCCAGCGCGCAAGGCUUGGGGCUGCAGCUUGUCGCCCGAAGCACGGGAGCCCUCCGGAGGGCUCCCGUGCUUGGGCGAGUGUCUGCAAGCCUCGCGCGCCCGGCGGGAGGUCCCGCCGAGCGCGCAAGGCUUGGGGCUGCAGCUUGUCGCCCGAAGCACGGGAGCCCUCCGGAGGGCUCCCGUGCUUCAGGCGAGUGUCUGCAAGCCUCGCGCGCCCGGCGGGAGGUCCCGCCCAGCGCGCAAGGCUUGGGGCUGCAGCUUGUCGCCCGAGCACGGGAGCCCUCCGGAGGGCUCCCUUGCUUCGGGCGAGUGUCUGCAAGCCUUGCGCGCCCGGCGGGAGGUCCCGCCCAGCGCGCAAGGCUUGGGGCUGCAGCUUGUCGCCCGAAGCACGGGAGCCCUCCGGAGGGCUCCCGUGCUCGGCGAGUGUCUGCAAGCCUCGCGCGCCCGGUGGGAGGUCCCGCCCAGCGCGCAAGGCUUGGGGCUGCAGCUUGUCGCCCGAAGCACGGGGAGCCCUGCGGGGGGCUCGCCUUGCGGCGGGCGAGUGUCUGCAAGCCUUUCGCGCCCGGCAGGAGGUCCCACCGAGCGUGCAAGGCUUGGGGCGGCAGUCUGUCGCCCGAGCACGGGAGCCCUCCAGAGGGCUCCCCGUGCUCGGGCGAGUGUCUGCAAGCCUCGCGCGCCCGGUGGGAGGUCUCGCCGAGCGCGCGAGGCUUGGGGCGGUAGCCUGCAGCCCGAAGCACGCGAGGCUUGGGGCGGCGGGGGGGGGGAUAAUUUUUUUUAUUCGUUUCCCCCCCCCCAAAAACGAGGUGCGUCCUAUGGACCGGUGCGUCCUAUAGAACGAAAAAUACGGUAAUUUCGGAUGCUGUUUAUGUAGUAUCCUGAGUGUUGCAGUCUGUUUUGAAACAGUGGAAAAUUGUGCAGAGGUUUGGGCGUGUUGUGUUUUCUGUGAUGCAGCCUUCUCAGUAGUUUGCUUUUUUGCCGUCUGACAUUUUAAGGGUACAAUUGUUUAUCCUAUUCCUUUCAAUUUCAUUCUUUCUCCACCACUCUAGAAGUGUCGAAUGCAAAAAGGUGAAUGAUAUAUCAAGUCAGCAGUGUUUCUAACGUUCCCUGUCAUAGAGCUGGUUGAACAAGUGGGACUUUAAAUAAGUCAAGUUUGACUUUUGAUCUCAAUAGAAACUGCUGGAGGAGCUGCCCAGCAUCUGAAUUUGUGAUCCCUGUAAAAGACAUCAUCACCAUCCUCAUCAUCAUCCUCAUCAUCCUCAUCAUAAUUUUAUUAUUUGUGCCCUGUCCAUCUCGCUGGGUCUCCCCAGUGACCUCAUUUGAGAUGAUGCUGUGACCAUUCUCAGAGAAGAACCAUGUGGCCAGAUGUGUUUGGGCUCCUUCGUGGUCUACCCAAACCCAUUUAUCUCAUUUCAGCUGGAAACAAUAGCACCCACUAUCCAUGGGAAUCUGAAGUUUGGGGUGGGGGUGAGGAGGAACAACAAAUAUCAAGUAUUUUUUUCCUCUUUGCUUUCAGCUGAUUAUAGGGGGUGUUCUUGAGAGAACACUAUUCAAGGUUACAUACACUUUUAAGGUCAAAAUUUCUAAAGGGUAAUGUGAUCUGCUUGCAAAAUUCAGAAUUUUUAAAUUUUAAUGUUAACGUGUUGUGCCUAGUUUUGACUUUCUUUUGGCAGAUACCUUAUUUUAUACAAAACUCUUGAUUUGUGAAAGUCUUAUGACUAGGUGCAAAUUGCAUAUAUUGUUUAUCUCUGCCUCCUAUACCUGCAGUGCCAGAGGUAGAGUGAAACUCCAAAUUCACUACUGCCGACCUAUGCAGUUGGUGGCUUGCUUUUCUUUUUCUUUUCUUUUUGCUGGGAGCCAGAGGAGAUUCUGAAGGCAAUGAUGUUGGAGAGAAGUCUGCUGGCUUCAUUUUGUGAUAGAAAGUUUGCAGAUGACACCAAACUGGGAGGGGUGGCUAACACCCCAGAGGACAGGAUCAGACUUCAAAACGACCUUGACAGAUUAGAGAACUGGGCCAAAACAAACAAGAUGAAUUUUAACAGGGAGAAAUGUAAAGUAUUGCACUUGGGCAAAAAGAAUGAGAGGCACAAAUACAAGAUGGGUGGCACCUGGCUUGAGAGCAGUACAUGUGAAAAGGAUCUAGGAGUCUUGGUUGACCACAAACUUGACAUGAGCCAACAGUGUGACGCGGCAGCUAAAAAGCCAAUGCAAUUCUGGGCUGCAUCAAUAGGAGUAUAGCAUCUAGAUCAAGGGAAGUAAUAGUGCCACUGUAUUCUGCUCUGGUCAGACCUCACCUGGAGUACUGUGUCCAGUUCUGGGCACCACAGCUCAAGAAGGACACUGACACACUGGAACGUGUCCACAAGAGGGCAACCAAAAUGGUCAAAGGCCUGGAAACGAUGCCUUAUGAGGAACGGCUAAGGGAGCUGGGCAUGUUUAGCCUGGAGAAGAGGAGGUUAAGGGGUGAUAUGAUAGCCAUGUUCAAAUAUAGAAAAGGAUGUCACAUAGAGGAGGGAGAAAGGUUGUUUUCUGCUGCUCCAGAGAAGCGGACACGGAGCAAUGGAUCCAAACUACAAGAAAGAAGAUUCCACCUAAACAUUAGGAAGAACUUCCUGACAGUAAGAGCUGUUCGACAGUGGAAUUUGCUGCCAAGGAGUGUGGUGGAGUCUCCUUCUUUGGAGGUCUUUAAGCAGAGGCUUGACAACCAUAUGUCAGGAGUGCUCUGAUGGUGUUUCCUGCUUGGCAGGGGGUUGGACUCGAUGGCCCUUGUGGUCUCUUCCAACUCUAUGAUUCUAUGAUUCUAUGAUUCUAAAGUGAGGGGUGAUGGAGGCAAACACACUGUGCCAAGUGACCAUCUAGGUGAGCAGAGAAAGUUCAGUGGCUAGCAAAUAAUUUGAAGGAGAACUGUCAAUUCCAAAGCCCUUCCUAGCUUGCUUGGGUCCAGGGGUGGUGGAGGGGCUGCCCAUUUUCCUUUCUCCUGAUUUAAUUUUUUAAUUUCUCCUCUCCUUUUGCCAUCAGUGAGAAAAAAUCACCAAACCAGCUCCAGGGCUUGUUUUUUUUAAAAUCCUUUUGGAGUGUGGGAACUUUGUGCCUUUGAAUCUGGAUCUCCUGUCAUACACCCUUGACAUACCGUAUUGACCUGAAUAUAAGCUGUACCCACAAAUAAGCCGCACCUUUAAAAUUCAAGGGGGGGGGAGAUAAUACCCAAAUAAAAGCCACUCCCUUAAAUUUCCACAGGCACUCACACCCGUAAAUGGCAAAUGUAGAAGAAAAUUCUACAACUACUAGAGAGGACUCCUGGCGCUGCUUGCCCCAUGCUCUUGGCUGCACACUGGGCUGGGGGGGGGGGAGCCUUGCUGCAUUGUUGGUUGCCUUUCCACUUCCUCCCUUCCUGGCCUUGGGGGGAGGAUGGGGGACUACGCGUGGAGUGGGUGCCGCUUCCCCGUGCUCCCGGUGUGUUUGUCUUGGCGGGGGCCACUUCCCGCAUUCCUGGCAGCGUUACAGGCUGAGGGGGAGCCGUGCCACGGUGCCAGAGGUCUUCCCCCUCCCCUGUGUUCUUUCCUACCCAGCUUUGGGGGAGGCUGGAGGAGCUGCUGACAGGACGGGAGGGGAGCGAUAUCGUAAAAGCCAGGUUUUGUAAGGUCACAAAUUUAAGCCACACUUUAACUUUUCACCGUUGGAAUUUGGGAAAAAAGUGCGGCUUAUAUUCAGGCCAAUAUGGUACUCCCUAUUAUUUCUGAUGGCAUAAUUCUGGUAGUAGAACUGCACCCAUAGAACUUUAGGCCUCUGAGUGCAAAAGUGCUUGGGUGCAAGUUAAUGUUGUGCCCUGAGGAUGCUCAGCCAGACUUUGGCCAGCUUUAGGAUUGUGGUAAGGCAGUUUCCAUUUAAUGUCUUCAGAACCAUUAGGUAAAUACUUUUUUAUCAUGAUGAAACUGAUAAGAGGUUUUAGCUUAAUGCUACACUUUGAUUUUAAAAUUUGCCAUCAGGAAUACGGUUAAACUAUUAUUUAAAGUAAUAGUCCAAGUUAGUGGAGAAUAGCUGUAACUUGCUUCAAAUAGGUCUUCUCUUCAGUAUUUUUGUAAAAUUUGUCAGAUAUCAGGCACAGUGGACCGUUUUUUCACCAGUGUUCAAAAUUAACCGGUUGUAGAGCGCUGCCUUUUUCCUGGGACAAUUUGGCUUUUAAAACAAUCACCCGUGAGUACUUAAAUUUCGGACAAUUGGACUCUAAAUAAGGAUUUGCGAGUAGAAAGGAAAAUUGGACUUAAAAGUUUAUUUCAAUUUGGCACUGAAACGGGAAGGUCUAAACAGGAAGUCAGCCUUCCGUUUCUUUGUAGAUAGAUUAAAGCAAAGACAAGGAAAAGCAAAGUUCAGAAAAUCGCUUGUAAAGGAUUAAAUUUCAUCAUUUAAAAUUGUUGAACCCCCUUCGGAAGCAGGAGAAGAGGGGGGAUUUUUUUUUCCUGGACUGUUUAAACCUGCAGAAGUGAGUGUAAAGCAAAGUAACUUUCCACCGUCUUGAUCCUGGAGCGGGGUGUCAAGACUGACGUUUUUUGAAGCUCAUUGACCAGAGACAAACGUCUUUGACAGAUAGCUAAAAGAAGAGAAACAUAGUGAUUUCAUUGUUCCCUUUCGCACUUUAAAGGAACAAAUAUUGACAAAAUAUCUGAAAAAGGAAACUUUGUUGUUAGAUCUGUCUUUAAAAGAAAAGAACAAAUAGAAGUUUUUCCCCUAGAGGGAGCCUGUGAAACUGUAACCAAUUCUGAAUCAGGGAGCUUGCAGCUGUUACAGAUUACGAUUGUGGGAAUAGACUUCUGACCUUACAGGACAAUGUAUUCAGAAGCUCUGCUGUGUGCUCUCUGUAAAACAAGUGCCCUACUGGAACAGCUACAUGAGAAGACGGACUUGAUGACUGAUGCGAUCAGAAAUUUUGGACAGGCAGUGGGAAAUUAUAUAGAGCCCACCCAGGAAUCAAAUCAGGAGUGUGCCCUGACAGAACAGAUGAGGGAAGAGGAUGUUGCAGAAUCUUGGGCGCCAGAGAUGGAGGGAGCUGUGGCCCAGCAGGAACAUGAGUUCUUGGACUUGACAAAUGAACUUGGAAAAAGCCAGAUUUGGAAAGAUAAAGUUUGGUUUGGUUUGGAAAUGGGUUGGAUAGACCCCCCUAUGCAGGGAUGUUUGGACUUUUCAAGUCUGGCAAUGGGCCGUGAGAUGUUUGGGGUUGUGGGGGCUCUUAAUUUUGGAGGGACUUUGAAACAUGUUCUUAAAUACCACAUGGAGUUUAGUGUGGACUAUGGAAAAGGGGCUGAUUUGUUGAGAAGGGUCAAAAACAUUGUCAAGCUGGAGUUCCCACGAGUGAAAGAAGCAGGAGACAAAGGAAAAUACAGCUAUAAAUAUGAAGAAGAGCCGCGGAAGGGACAUUGAAGGGACUUAAGGGCCUCGGACAUGAGAUUACCAGGUUAAUGCGCUAGAUUGAUGGGAUAGAAAGGACUGACAAAACCCGGGACCAGGAGGAAGAGACGCUGGAUGAAGAUUGGAUUUUUUUUUUUUUUAAUUAGGAUUGUUUUAUAAAAUUGAUGAAUGUUAGAAAAAUGUUGGAACGAAAUUAUUUGGCUUUAGCAAAAAUGUUUAAAGAAUUAAGUAAGAAUAUUAUGGUUAUGAGAAAUUGGUAAAAAUAAGAUCUAAGUUUUAAGCUUUAAGGUUCUUUAUAGUAAGAUAAGAUUAAAAUAGAUUAAGGUAAUGUAAUGACAGAAUAUUAUGAAAUAUGGAAAGGAUUUGCUGCGACAAUUAGCAACUAGGAUACAAAAAAAAGGGAGGAGGAGGAGGUCAAAGAAAGAAGGUAAUGACAGUUAAGGAUUUAAGAAUGUUGGAUUUGUUUUUAAAUGUUUGUGGUAUAUUUUUGUCUUUUGAUCGUGUUGUGCUAUUUUUUGAUUUUGAUUUCUAUUAAUUUGUAUUGUUUGAUUGUGGUUUGUUUUUUCUCUCUCUUUUUCUUUUUUGUUUUCUUUUGUAAUUCUAAAAUUUUCAAUAAAUAUCGUUUAAAAAAAACCAAAAACAAAAUUAACCGGUUGCCAGUUGUUGUUUUUGUAACUCUGGAGCACUACCUAGUGACCAAGUUGAUAUUUCCAGUCUUGUGGUUUGUGACUGUCCUUGGACUGAAGCCUUCCCUUUCUGCCUGCUCCCCAGGAAGCCUUUUAAUGUGCUGAAUGAACUGUGAAGAAGCUGGGGGUGGGGUGGGGAGGAAGAUAGUAGCUUUGGAGAAACAGAACAGUAGUGUGGGGAACACCUUUUAAACUGGUGCAUAUUCUAUAAAAUAUAAUCUUUUAGAAAUAGAAGAAAGGUGUGUGUUGAAUUGUAUGAUCUUUUAAGUGCAAGGGAUUCAGAAUGACCUAUCAACAUUUAUAAUUCAAACUACAAGAGGUCAGUAUUACUUGCACUGGUUGUGUUUUUUUUUACUGGAAGUGAAUAAAGUGUUUUUCUUAGGGAAAUCCCAUUUUUUAUGUCAGAAGAAAUGACAUUUUAGGGUUUGUAUAAAUGUAUGAGGGUUUUCAUGCUAAAUCCUAGAUGUUUAUAAAGAAGGGUAGCUUUUUUUAAGUGCAAACAUUUCCCAUAGACUUCCUCUCAUCUACACUCAUGGAGUUAAGUCACUACAGCUGCUAUAGUAAUUUGCAAUGGGGCCAAACCUUAAAAGAUACCAAGGAUCUUGAAAUGGACUUUUUUGCACAGGUGCUCCUUUACCAUUUACACAAGGAAGUGCUUUGCUUACAGUAAUAAAAACAUUAGAACUUUGAAAAUAAUCACGUUAUGUGGGCAUGAAUGGACAGAGUGAGACAAUAUCCCUCACUGGUAGCUCCACUUAUCACAGAAGCUGUGACUUUGCAAACUGAAAGAAAAUAGUUACAGGUAGGCUUUUUCCUCUAAGACCAAUUGCAGUCGUUAACAGUGGUCAACAGGUUUACCACACCUGUCAGCCAAUCACUCAUUCCCACCACCCUUCUGAUCAAUACUCCUCCCCACCCUCUCACUAUAUACAGUGGUACCUCGGGUUACAGAUGCUUCAGGUUACAGACUCUGCUAACCCAGAAAUAGUGCUUCAGGUUAAGAACUUUGCUUCAGGAUGAGAACAGAAAUCGUGCUCCGGCGGCGCGGCAGCAGCAGCUGGCGGCCCCAUUAGCUAAAGUGGUGCUUCAGGUUCAGAACAGUUUCAGGUUAAGAACGGACCUCUGGAACGAAUUAAGUACUUAACCCGAGGUACCACUGUAUAAGGGUCUGGUGACUUCUGUUUCAGUGUAUCUGAAGAAGUGUGCACUCACAUGAAAGCUCAUACCAAUAACUUUAAACUUUACUAUGAAUCAGCAGCUUUUUGCUGGUUGAAAGAAUGGCUACUUCUUGAAAACACAGACAUUUUGGACUAGAAGGUUUUAACAGUGUAUUUGGAUGGCAUGCAUAUCUGUGGUAUGACAAGGUCAAAGCGCAUAAAGCAUUUAAAAACCAUAUUGUCAGGAAAGCAUUGUUUAAUGUCUGGAUAAGAUAUAAGGACCUACUCGAAAAUAAAACCCCAAGGUGGUUGUCACCGAUGGAAGCGAAGGCUCAGAAAAAGCUCAAUAUGGAGGCCAAAUGGCUGAAAUAUUGGGAAAUUUUGGAACACGGGGAGAUAGAUUGAAAUUGCAGAGUUUUGAAAAACUAAAAAAUAAAGUGCGAGAUUGGCUUCAUUAUUAUCAGAUAAUGGAGGCAUACAAUUUGGACAAGAAAAUUGGCUUCCAGGUGGAAAAAUCAAAAUUGGAAACAGAACUGUUAGAACCCAAAACCAAGAUUUUGUCAAAGAUGUAUAACUUGCUGUUGAAAUGGAAUACUCAGGAUGAAACCGUGAAAUCUGCUAUGAUUAAAUGGGCACAAGAUUUUGGACAUAACAUUAUGUUUGCUGACUGGGAACAGUUGUGGACCACAGGUAUGAAGUUUACGGCAUGUAAUGUUUAAGAGAGAAUAUUAUGAAAAUGAUAUACAGGUGGUACAUGACCCCAGUCAAGCUUGCAAAAAUUUAUCACUUGCCCGAUAAGAAAUGUUGGAAAUGUAAAGAAACUGAAGGUACAUUCUUUCACCUUUGGUGGACGUGCCCAAGGAUUAAGGCUUUCUGGGAAAUGAUAUAUAAUGAACUGAAAAAGGUAUUUAAAUAUACCUUCUUGAAGAAACCAGAGGCCUUUCUCCUGGGCAGUCGGCCAAUUGGUGCCAAAGAAGGAUAGAACCUUUUUUAUGUAUGCCACAACAGCAGCAAGAAUACUCAUUGCAAAGUAUUGGAAGACACAAGAUCUACCCACUCUGGAAGAAUGGCAGAUGAAGCUGAUGGACUAUAUGGAACUGGCAGAAAUGACUGGCAGAAUCCGAGACCAGGGAGAAGAGUCGGUGGAAGAAGAUUGGAAGAAAUUCAAAGACUAUCUACAGAAUUAUUGUAAAAUUAAUGAAUGUUAGAAUGAUGUUGGAUAGAAAUUAAGUGGUUUCCAGCUGUAAUGCUUUAAGGGAUUAUGAAAAAUGGGUUGUUAAUAGGUGAAAAUUUAACGUUACUAUUUUAAGACUAAAGAUUAGGAUAAAUAAAGAGGGUAAGGAUUUGCUGAACCAACAAACUGAACUGGAAUACAAAAAAGGGAGGUAUGAGGAGGUCCGGGAAACAAGCUAAAGGAAAACAAGUAAUGGAAAAUCUGUGUGUUUUUAAUUAUUUUUAUUUUGUAUUUUUGUUAUUUUUUUCAUUUUUAUUGUAAUAUUUUAAAAAAGCUUAAUAAAUAUCUUAUUAAAAAAAAAAGAAAGCUCAUACCAAUAACAAACUUACCGUAGUUGGUCUCUAAGGUGCUACUGGAAGGAUUUUUUUUAUUUUGAAAGAAAAUAGUUCACCCCAGUGAGAGCCAGUGUAGUGUAGUGGUUAGAGUGCCUGUAGGACUAGAACGUGGGAGACCUGGGUUCAAAUCCCCACUCAGCCAUAAAGUUCACCGAGUGUUACUGCCUAAACUUAAAUCUCAAUGUGCUCUGUGUAAGACCUGUUUUGCUAUGGCUGGUUACAACCCUCCGAAUACCACAAAUUGCAAAAAGAACCAAAUGAAAUCUCUACGAAAAAAUAAAUAGGAAGUGCUGCUGCAUCGGGGGAGAUGGUGACUAGCCAUUCUAUUUUUUGCUCUCAUAACCCAGGUUUCAGGAGCCAUGUGGCAAAUAGCUUUUCUAACACUGGUUUUCACAUGUAACACUCAGGCAAACCAUGGCCAAGUAUGAAUGUGCAGGUACUCACAGCGCAAAUCAUAGUUGCUUCCCUGCUGGUUUGUUGUCAUUUAGUCGUAUCCGACUCUUUGUGUCGCCAUGGACCAGAACAUGCCAGGCACUCCUGUCUUCUACUGCCUCCCGGAGUUUCGUCAAAUUCAUGUUGGUCGCUUCUAUAACCCUGUCCAGCAAUCUUCUCCUCUGUCGUCCCCUUCUCCUUGUGCCCUCAAUCUUACCCAACAUCAGAGUUUUUUCCCAGAGUCUUGUCUUCUCAUGAGGUGGCCAAAGUAUUGGAGCCUCAACUUCAGAAUCUGUCCUUCCAGUGAGCACUCAGGGCUGAUUUCCUUCAGAAUGGAUAGGUUUGAUCUUUUUGCAGUCCAUGGGACUCUCAAGAGUCUCCUCCAGCACCACAAUGCAAAAGCAUCAAUUCUCUGGCCAUUAGCCUUCUUUGUGGUCCAGCUCUCACUUCCAUACAUCACUACUGGGAAUGCCAUAGCUUUAACUAUACAGACCUUUGUCUGCAAGGUGAGAUGCUGUCUAGGUUUGUCAUUACUUUUCUCCCAAGAAGCAGGCGUCUUUUAAUUUCGUGACUGCUGUCACCAUCUGCUGUGAUCAUGGAUCCCAAGAAGGUGAAAUCUGUUACUGCUUCCAUUUCUUCCCCUUCUUUUUGCCAGGAGGUGAUCGGACCCGUGGCCAUGAUUUUAGUUUUUUUGAUGUUGAGCUUCAGACCAUAUUUUGCACACUCCUCUUUCACCCUCAUUAAGAGGUUCUUUAAUUCCUUCUCACUUUUUGCCAUCAAAGUUGUGUCAUCUGCAUAUCUGAGGUUGUUGGUAUUUCUUCCAGCAAUCUUAAUUCCGGCUUGGGAUUCAUCCAGUCCAGCCUUUCACAUGAUGUAUUCUGCAUAUAAGUUGAAUAAGCAGGGAGAUAAUAUACAGCCUUGUUGUACUCCUUUCCCAUUUUUGAACCAAUCAGUUGUUCCAUAUCCAGUUCUAACUGUAGCUUCUUGUCCCACAUAGAGAUUUCUCAGGAGACAGAUAAGGUGGUCUGGCACUCUCAUUUCUUUGGGGCUAAACCAUGGUUAGGCUUAGUGUUAACAUUCAAAACUGGGCUGGUGGUUUGUCUCACUCCAGACAAAUCAUGAACUGUAGCCAGGGUUUGUUCUUGACUUGUCACUUAAGCUUUGUCCACAGGAGACAACCAUGAGCUUGGGUUCCUGCAUAACACUAAGCCAAAUCAUGGCUUUGCUCUGGGUAGUGUGGCAGCCGCAGCAGGACUAGGGGUUUUAGGACAGAAGUGGCUGGGUUAGUAACAGAUUGUUUUGAAUGAUAUAAAAAUAAGUAAAAGCAAUUUAAAUCACUGACAUAAGCAAGUUUCCAACUUUUUAAAUUGGUGUAUUUCCUGAAUAAGCGUACAUACUUAUAAAUUGGUCACUGUAAUAAAGAUGUGUUUGUAAUGAAAUAGAACUCUUAGGUAGUAUAAUCCAAAACCUUUAGUCAUGCAUCCUCCAUGCCUCCCUGCACUGUGUAAUUUAUAUAUCAUAGAGCCUGGAAACUGUAAAAUGAAGUAUUUGUGUUUAUUAUUUUUCCAGCUUUAAAUUACACUAAGUAAAACUAAUUCCUUCGUUUUCAAGUGUCCGAAACUUUCAGAACCAGAGCUAGUAGUUAACCUGGCCCAUCAGUGUUUCUUCAUGAGUUGGAUAUUAAAUAUCAUGCUCUGCUAUUGACAAUUCAUAAUUUCAUAAAUAUAAUACGUUGUAUCCGAUGCUGCAGGUGUGGUGUUCUGCUCAUACAAUGGGAAUUCCUCUUCCUCUCAUCUCCCUGCUUACCUCCCCCCCCCCCAGGCCUUCUCCAAAGGGUCUCCCAAUCCAGUGGAACAGAUUUAGAAGGUGUGGCAGUUCAGGUUGUAGGGGAGAGGGAAGUUCUAUUGUGCAGGCUGGUCUGUUGCAUGAGCUUCAGUGUCAGAUGCAACCCAAUAGAUCCAACCACAGGCAUCAACUCCUCGGGGCUCAGGUCCCUUUGUCCUCUCCCUAAAAUAUUUGAGGGGGCCAGCCCCCCCACCUCCAAAUUGAUGGGCAUUGCUGCCUUUCUUUCUUUUCCACUUUUGGACUUCCGUUUCCCAACAAGCACUGUAAGUGAACUUGUAAAAGGGUUGCUGGAUAGCAAGAGAGCUGGGAUUGGACAAAAACCUCUUGACAUUUUGGAGCAGAGAGAGUGUGAGAGAUAAUAGAGAUAAUGCAAACUGCUUGCUCCGCAGAGUGGUUCAUGAAGCUGUGCUAGGACGAGAGAUAAAGCCUCUCAUGGUUGCUUAUCAUUAAAAAAGUAAACUAGGAGUGCCUAAUUCCUAUGACUUGGAAGGUGAAGCUCCUCACUCAUUAUUGUUGCUGCUGUUGUUAAUCCACACUUUACCCCAAGGUCCCAAGGUGGGUUACAACAAUUAAAACACAAUAUUUAAAAGCAAAUUAAAACAACUUACUGUCACAGAAUUAAGGUGGGUUUUAAAAAGAUGCCCCAGCAGGCAUAUGCAUAAUUUUACAGCCAGCCCUCAGGGUUUUUCUGGAGGGGGGAGGUGCAACCAGAUGCCUAGAAAGUUGGGUUUGGGGAGAGUUGGGUUCAAGUCCAUUUUCACCUUUAAGAAUUGAGAGUAACCCUGGACUAGUUGCUGUUUCUGAAACCAGUCAAUCUCACAGAGCUGUUUUGGGGAUAAAAAGUGGGGUGAAGGAGGAAUAAACCUUCACCAGCACUAGGUACCUCAUUGCUAUGAUUGGGGACGGGCCUUAUCUGCCCUCCCAAUAUUUUAUUCAAGUUGGCACCCCUGGAUCCAACACUAGUUACAGUGUUAGACCUCAUCUCCAACACCAGGUGCUAUUGUCCUUGGUGGGGUGGAUCGUAGGGCAGUUAGCGACUGAGAUGCAGGGAGGCCUUGACUGGUUGGCUCCUUUGGGAGGCAGCUGAUGCACAGGGGGAUUUGCACAGUACAGUGGUACCUCUGGUUACGUACUUAAUUCGUUCCGGAGGUCCGUUCUUAACCUGAAACUGUUCUUAACCUGAAGCACCACUUUAGCUAAUGGGGCCUCCCGCUGCUGCCACGCCACCGCCGCACGAUUUCUGUUCUCAUCCUGAAGCAAAGUUCUUAACCCGAGGUACUAUUUCUGGGUUAGCGGAGUCUGUAGCCUGAAGCGUCUGUAACCUGAAGCGUAUGUAACCCGAGGUACCACUGCAUUGUGUAGGUGUGCUGUUGGUGAAAGACCACUGCUGACAUUGGCCCAUGCUUGGCAUUCGUCAGCAGAGCACCUGCACAAGGCACAGCCUGUUGUUGUCUUCUUUGUUCUAAAAUAGAAAAGUAGGCUUUAACAGUAUUUUGUGAUAAAAGGGUUUUAGGAGAGUGUGUCCAUUUUCAGAUCUUUGUAUUAAAUUCAGACUAGAUUAUUUUAAAAAGAUACUUCAUAUAUAAAGGCAUUCAUUUAAAAAUAAAAUUACAGUUUUAUUAAUUAAUAUUAAUAUUGAACAGUAACAAUAUUCUUAAAUUCUUUAUUUGGCUUUACUGGUAGUUUUGGGUGGGUCAAUUAGGAGGGUUGAGUUAAACUAAACAUUAUUCUGUUGGACUACAGCAGCAGUUCUUUUUGGCAAAAGGAGUAUAGUUUAAUGCUGCUUAGCACAGGAAGUAAACAAGCUAUUUAUAUCUUCAUUUAUAAUGCUGGGGAUUGGCUCCCUGAUAUAGGGGAUAUGCCAGGAGAGAUCAUGGUACAGAGCUGCAAUCCUAUCCCCACUUGUGAGUAAGCCCAGUUUAAUUCACUUGAACUGACUUUUGAGACAAGCUGAGUUUUCCCAGUUAAACUAAGACAAAACAAACUCAGAUUGCUUCUCUAACUCUAGACAAAGCAGAUCUAAGCGGAAGUCUGCUGACUUGGAGGUUCCUGAUCAGGCUUGGAGGCUUUCCUCAAGGCAAAAGCAAAAGCAAAAGGAAAUUAAAUUGACUCUGGUACUGAGCAUCUACCCUGGGUGGGUUGUGCAUCUGACUUACCAGUAUUUAAAUCAGAUGCUGGGUGGAUGGGAAUCAAUCUCUUAUAAAUCUAAAUGAAACCUGAGCUUGAGUACAUUUUAACAUUUUUGCAUUAAUCUCUCAAGAACUUUAUCAAAGGCAUGAAAGUUUGCUUUUCUGUGUUAAACAAGAUGGUAGCAGCCAAUCACCAUUUGAGUGGGGACUGUGAGGAAAAGGAGCCCUGUGUCUUUCCUGGUGGGAUUCUGUUGGAGGCAGCUGAAGCACAGCAUUGGGCAGGUGCUCUGUUGAGGAAUGACAGGUAAUAGCCCUACACAACACUGAGUUUGUUGACUUGGACAGUUGGUACGAUGAAAUUAAUAAGUGGAUCCCCACCCUUUUCCAGGCUGAAAGUGUACUUAAAUAACCAGUAAAAAUGUGUGUAGACUAGUCUCUCACGGGUUUUUCCAAAGCUUGAUAAUAAUUCUUAAGUGGUAAUGAAAGAGUGAAUUACACUUGGGAACAAAGCUGCCUCAAUAAUGCUUACUGACAACCUGUGCAGGCAGGACAGAAGUUUGACCUUGCUAAAUCUCAUAAUAAUAAUAAUAAUAAUAAUAAUAAUAAUAAUAAAAAUUAUUUAUAUCCCGCCCUCCCCAGCCGAAGCUGGGCUCAGGGCGGCUAACAACAAUCAAAAUAAUCCAAUGUUCUAAAAACAUUUCAUUAUAAAAAUUAAUUAAAAUCAAAUUGAUGGCAACCAUUAAGCAAAAUUCUGUGCAGAUUGCCGGAGGAGGGGGUCAGGCUGCGCCCUGACCAAAGGCCUGGUGGGACAGCUCUGUCUUGCAGGCCCUGCGGAAAGAUGUCAGGUCCCGCAGGGCCCUAGUCUCUUGUGACAGAGCGUUCCACCGGCUGCAGCCGAGAAAGCCCUGGCUCUAGUUGAGGCCAGCCUAAUCUCUCUGUGGCCUGGGAUCUUCAGGAUGUUUUUAUUUGCAGACCGUAGGUUCCUCUGUGGGGCAUACCAGGAGAGGCGGUCCCGUAGGUACGAGGGUCCUAGGCCGUAUAGGGCUUUAAAGGUUAAAACCAGCACCUUAAACCUGAUCCUGUACUCCACCGGGAGCCAGUGCAGCUGGUAUAGUACCGGAUGAAUGUGAUCUCGCAGCGAAGACCCCAUAAGGAGUCUCGCCGCGGCAUUCUGCACUCGCUGGAGUUUCUGGGUCAGUCUCAAGGGCAGCCCCACGUAGAGCGAGUUACAAUAAUCCAGUUUGGAGGUGACCGUCGCGUGGAUCACAGUGGCUAGGUCAGGGCGAGAGAGUUAAGGGGCCAACUGCUUAGCUUGGCGGAGAUGAAAAAAUGCCGCCUUUGUUGUAGCUGUAAUCUGCGCCUCCAUAGAGAGGGAGGUAUUGAAGAUUACACCCAAACUCUUAACGGACGAUGCUGGCACUAAUUGCACCCCCGCAAGAUAUGGGAGUUGCCCCCUCAAUCCCAUAUCGUCCCGUCCUAGCCAGAGGACCUCUGUCUUUGAAGGAUUUAACUUCAACCGGCUCCCACGUAACCAUCCAGCCACAGCUUCCAGACAUCUGGUCAGUGUGCCUGGGGCCGAGUCAGGAUGGCCAUCCAUCAACAGAUAGAGUUGGGUGUCAUCGGCAUACUGAUGGCAACCCAGCCCAAAACUCCGGACAAGCUGGGCGAGGGGGCACAUAAAGAUGUUAAAAGCAUCGGGAGAGAAUCGCACCCUGAGGCACUCCACACACCAAGGAGUGGCGCGAUGACAAUUCCCCCCCAAAGCGCCACCCUCUGUCCCCGACCAGAGAGAAACGAGCGCAGCCAUUGAAGGACUGUGCCCUGGAUCCCCAUGUCGGCAAGGCGUCCAGGAGUUCGUGAUCGACCAUGUCGAAGGCUGCUGACAGGUCUAGAAGAAUCAGCAGCCCCGACCCGCCUCGAUCCAGCUGCCUGCGGAGAUCAUCUGUUAGGGCGACCAGAGCUGUCUCAGUCCCAUGACCAGCGCGGAAGCCGGACUGGAAUGGAUCCAGAGCCAAUGUUUCAUCCAGAAACCUACCAAGCUGUUCAGCAACCGCUCUCUCAAUCACCUUACCCAGGAAUGGAAGAUUCGAAACCGGGGGGUAAUUGGAUAGAUCUAAGGGAUCUAAUGAUCUUUAAGAGUUUUCUUUAAGAGCGGGCGCACCACUGCCUCCUUCAGUUCCCCUGGGAAUAUCCCGGUGCAAAGGGACAAAUUGAUGAUAUCACCCAGGGGGGCCCGUACCUCGUCUGGACACGCUCUCAUCAGCCAAGACGGGCACGGGUCAAGAGGACAGGUGGUGGGCUUUCCAGCUUGGAGGAGUCUGUCCACAUCGGCUGGGGAUAUCCGGUCAAAGUGGUCUAAUACUGGACCCGAGGACAGUCGAGGGGCCUCCAGUUCCUUUAUUGUAUCCAAAUUGGCAGGGAGGUCAUGGCGGAGCAACAGGACCUUCUCUGCAAAAAAGCUCGCAAAUGCCUCACAGCUGUGUGUCAAAUUGUUAUUUAAAUUUGGCUGUCCUUCAAGGGACGUUAAAGACCUAAUUAUACAAAAUAAUUGCGCCGGGCGAGAGCUAGCAGAGGCAAUGGAGGCCGAGAAGUAGGACUUCUUAGCGGCCUUCACUGCCAUCUCGUAGGUUUUCAUAAAAACCCUAUAAGAUGUUCUUGAGGCUCUGUCACGGACACCCCGCCAUACUCGUUCUAGCCGUCUGAGGUCCCGCUUCAUUUUCUGAAGCUCCUCGGUAAACCAGGGAGCCCAGUUUCUGCGGGGUCGCAGAGGGUGCUUAGGUGCGAUCUCAUCGAUGGCUGCUAGGAGCUGGAUAUUCCAGCCCUCAACAAGCUCAGUCAAUGAGUCGCCAGGGGGAGCAAGGUCCCGCAAGGCCUGACGGAAUCUAUCAGGGUCCAUCAGCCUCUGCGGGCGAGCCCAAAUUGGCUCGCCACCUAAGCAGGGUGGGGGUGGAAAAUCAAUCCUGGCUUUCAGAGCGUAGUGAUCAGACCAUGGCACCUUCACUGAAGGAGACAUGAUCACAUCUAUACCGACGCCAAAGAUCAGAUCCAGCGUGUGGCCUGCUUUAUGUGUGGGGCCCGAAACAAACUGGGAGAGCCCUAGUGUCGCCAUGGAAGACACUAGGUCCAGAGCCUGUGAGGAGGGAGUGGCAUCAGCAUGGACGUUGAAGUCCCACAAUACCAAUAGGUUAGGGAACUCCAAGGCCCAGCCGGCCACCGCCUCCAGCAGGCCUGACAGGGUGGCUGCUGGUGCGCUAGGUGGCCGGUACACCAGCCAGACAGCCAAGCUCACCUCGGAGCCCCACACUAGGCCAACACAUUCAAUGCCGGGGAUCGAUGGCGAUGGUAGAGCCCUGAAAGAACAAUCUUCCCGGAUUAAUAAUGCCAUCCCUCCCCCCCGGCCCACAGUCCGCGACUGGUGGAGGACGGAGAAACCCGGGGGCGCCAUCUCUCGUAAGGUAACAGUUUCCCCUUCGUGCACCCAGGUUUCCGUCACACAAGCCAGGUCAACCCCCUGCGAGGUGAAGAAAUCUCGCAGGGUGUCGGUUUUGUUGCCUAUAGACCUGGCAUUGCACAACACCAGUGACGGAGGUGAGUAAUCCUUGCUCACCCUACCCUCGUCCCUCAGGAUGGGGCGCAGAUUGGAAGGGGUACGAGCAUAUCCGUAUCUCGAUCCCCUUCGCCUAUAACAUCUGCCCCCACCGCUAUACCUCCCUCGCCCCACCACGGUAGCAAUCCCAAGCCUCAUACCAACCUCCAUUUACAAAAUAGAAAAACAAAACAAACCAAAAACAAUUAUACCAAACUAAACCAAUCCCCACCCCACUCAAUAUCCAACCCCAAACCAAAAUAAAACGGAACAAAAUAAAAAUACAUCAAUAAAACCACCGUUCAUGCUGGUACAACAAAGUAAAAAGUAAAAACCCCUUUAAAACACUUUAAAAUAUAUAAAAACAUUUAACAUUCAACAUUCAAACAUUCAACUUUCCUAUUAGAUAUAAUUAAUCCCGAUACUCUUCUAAACUGGAGAUUGGGGCCAUUGGAUUAUAGUGGUUCUGUACUUUUUCAGAAGAUGGAGUCCAGAUUUUGUUGUUCCUUUUAUUCCUCCCCAUCAGUAGCUGUCCACAUGAAAUCUCUGGGUGAGAUGAACUUCAGUGUUAUCAGUAAACGUGAUAAUGUUCAAAUCUGUUUUUUCCUAUUUUUCCUUUAUAUUGGCUCCAUAUGCAGUAUGAUGUCUUUAAACUUUGCAUGCAGUUGUUGGUGGGUUGAUGAGUUUGAAACUGUCUGUUUGGGGAUACUGUUAAAUCUCCAACUUGUGGUUGUCACCAUGAGUGCCAUUUAUCAUCUUUAGCUAAUUUUAUCAGCUAUACCUGCUACUGAAAGAUAGAAACCUAUGCCUUGCCAGCUAGAUUUUGGCAACGCAUUCUAUGUGCAACUGCCACUGAAAAUGGCUUGAGAAAUUCAGCUGGUGCAGAAUGUUGUUUGCCUCUUUAGCACAGUCAUAUCAGUUACUCUGAAACAGCUGCACUUGCCUGCCUGUUUGCUUCCAUGCCCAAUUCAGGUUUUUAGUUUUGCCUUUAAAGUCCUAAGUAGCCUGGGUCCUGGUUAUUUCAGGAAAUGAUUACUCCUGUGUGAAGAUCAUCACACUUAAACUCUGCAGGUUAGGGAGUUGUUCAGAUUCUUUCUUUUGUGAAGUCUUGGAUGGGCCUCCAAAUGUGAAGCAAGGCCUAUCACAGCACCAAUAUUGUGGAAUAUCCUCCUGCUUGAAGUAUGUCUUGAGUAUCUCCUGUAACCACAAUCUACUAACUGUUGCUUUAUCCCACUGCUGCUGUUUUUGCUGCUGUAUUCUUUUUGUAAUAAUUUUUUUAAUGAAGUUGUUCCUGCUCUUUUCAUUUAUUUUAACUUUGCUGUGUUGUAUAACACUUUUUUGGGAUGGAAAAUACCCUUAAAAUAAAACUCAUACAAAGGCCUUGUAUUGUUCCCCCCAACACAGCUGAAACAUGCUUUGAAAAAUCUUCCCCCACGCCCUGGAAAGUUGACUUAUUGGAGAUACAUAAAUAUAAUAGUCUCUUCAGCCUUUGUCCAUAUGAUUAAUGCUGCUUUUCGUCUACAGAGACUUCAUAAACAAACUUUGGAGCCAAAAGCUAUCUAAUAGAAAGUAGACAUGUUUAUGGAAUGGUUUAGUUUGGGUGGAACCGGUAUAGAAAUGAUUUGUGGUGGCUAGUAGAGUGCAAUGAGAGUAGGAGAGCCCUUGCCCGUGUAAGAAUGGGCUGUUGCAGCUGGAGCAGGAUUAGGGGAGUUGCUGUAUUUCAUCUCCUUUAUCUGACAAGGGGAGUCAUGGCUCUGAACAGAUGGCCACCAUCUGUGUGCAACUCUGGAAACCCCAGUGCCAGAAAAUUAGUCUGAAUUUGUUUCACUGGAUUUGUGAACAGGUGAAAUGGUUCCUAAUAUCCUAGCAUAUUGUGUAAGUGGCAUCCUUUCACAAGUUUCCAUAAUAGUGACAAGAAGCAAAGCAACAAGUAUGGCCUGGAUGGAAUUUUAAACAAAGGAGAUGGCAGCACACUGGCAUUUAGUCUGAAAGGCCAAACUAUGUUGCAAAAAUGUAGAAGCUGGCGUGGCAGUGGAGGUACCGUACUUUUCGCACCAUAGGACGCACCGGACAAUAGGACGCACCUUGUUUUAGAGGGGGAGAACAAGAAUAAAAAAUUCUCCCCCUCUCUCCCCCUCUCUGCCCAGCGCCCCUUCAGCGAAGCCCUCUCUGCCCAGCGCCCCCUCUCGCUCUCCAGGCUUCAGGUUCCUUUCGACCUGCUCUUUGGGGCUGGUGGGGGGAAGCCCACCACCAGCCCCAAAGAGCAGGUCGGGGAGCAGCGGAAAGCUUCUAUGGCUUCUUUAGCCCCGCACGCGCUCUCCCAGCUGGAGAGGUGGCGCGCGGCUAAAGAGGCUCCUGCCAUAUCCGCGCGUCACCUCUCCAGCCGGGAGAGGGUCGCGGGGCUAUGGCGUCUUCGCUCCAUAGGACGCAGACACAGUUCCCCUUCAUUUUUGAAGGGGAAAAAGUGCGUCCUAUAGAGUGAAAAAUACCGUAUAUUUGAAAAAAGAAAAAAAAGUGUUGGGGUUUAGGGACAAGUUUAGUGGGAGCUAAACAAAAAGAGUUGCAAAUUAAUCUGGGCCAGUAAGCUGUAUAAAAUCCUAUUGCUUAGUACUCUCUAUUAAUGUGACUCUUGGUGAUCACAGAACAAGCCAUCCUCAAGAGGCUGUGGUACAUGAACCAUUUAUUGUCAACAGAAGCAUUUACAGUAAUGUUUCUAGACUGGAUUAAGUCAGCCAGUGUGCAUGGUUUCUCAAGUGUGUUUGUUAAGAAUUUUGUGCAGGCCAGUGAGACAAGGUACAUCUGGUGAGUGAUCCAUUCAAGCUGUCAGUGUAUCACAAAUAACAGCCAUAGAUAUAUGUGGAGAAGGUGACUACUAUAAUUUCUAUGGUCUAGUAACUCUUUUCUGGAUUUAUUUGUUAGGAUUUGCAAAUAAGAACAACUUACAGAGGAACAGUAAGGUAUCCUUUUCUCACUCCCACUGAAGCGAUUCCCCACCCCCCACUUUCUGUAACUUAACCUGAAUGUUGGUGCUGAGUAGCUGGUAGCAAAUGGCAAAUUGUCCAUUUUGUGAGAGGGAGGAUCUUAAUAGUGUAUUCACCUUUCAAUUAAAAAAAGGUUCACGAUAGCUUGCACUUAAAAAACAAAAACGAAAAACAUUCGUUCUUCAAGGAAUUGGCAAAAUAAAACAGAGUAGAAGUGCUGAACUUAGCACCAGGGACAGAGCUGUUUGCCAGCCCUGUUCCUUUCUUUCUCCGUGAACUCAAAAUGGUCCUGUCAAGUUCCACAUUGUGGCUACUUUUGUGUGCUGCCUGUCUUCCUUCCUUUCCAACUAUUAUUGUGUUGCUCAGCAAUUCAUUCAUUUCAGGCCUUAAAGAGCUACUGCUUCCUUUUCAUAUUGUAGCCAGGAAUCUGUGUGUAAAAGAGUAUGCAUACUUUAAAAAAUUAUUUGUCAAGGAAAGCUGAAGUUUGAGACAUGCAUGCACAAAUUAUCAAAACUGGGCAAAUCUGCUUGGCCACUUAAUAUAUAUUUACAGUAAUGCUAUGCAGUGAAUUGGCAAAAGGAGGGCAGGGCUGUAGCCAGUGUGGGGCAGCAUCAGGCUGCACCUAUGUGUGUUGACUGCAGAGGGCAGAGACCAGAUAUGAGAUUGAAUGAGUAAUUUGGAAGAGUUGGGGGGUCUGUUGGAAAGGAGCAUAUGAGGAAACUAGAAAUAUGACUGACUCAUUGCCACAAUUAUUUAAUAAUGCAAGCUUCUAUUUACUUAAUCAUAAAUAGUAAAUAUUUGCAUGAUUAAAACUCAUGAUAACCAUAUAUUGAUAUGAUUCUAUAACAGUUUAUUGUACUGAGUCAGGCUAUUUAUUGAUUCACAUGGUUCAGUAAAAUCUACUUGGGACUGGCAGUGACUUUCCAAGUUGUAAGGCACAUCCAUUUUUCUCUUUUAACUGGAAAUGCCUGGACCUGCUGCAUGUAAAUAAUGUGCUUCACUACUGAACUACCACCACUCUGUGGUAUUGUUGUCACUGUGAGUAUUUUUUUGUCUGAUCAGUUUUUCUUUCAAGUUUAGAAGUCUAACUUUUCUUUCUUUGUCAUUGCUAAAGGGAACUUAAGCUUGUUAGGGUUGUUUUGGAUUUUAAAAAAUAAUGAUGGAACAUAUUCAGUGAACCAGUAAUAAAUACAUUUUCUAGAAAUAAACAAUGUUUGUUUCUUCAUUAACCUAAGUUGAUGUUAAUAGCACAAGUCUCUACCACGGUUAGAAUAAACUCCGAAAAUGACUGGAUCAGCCCUCAGUAGAUGCACAUUAAUAAACUUACAGUUGUAAUACAGUGUGUGUGUGUGUGUGUGUGUGUGUGUGUGUGAAAGAGAGAGAGAGAGAGAGAGAGAGAGAGAGUAGGAGCCUAAAAUUGUAGGGUAGAAAUUAAAUGGAUAUUAAUUGAGAAUCUGCUUGCAAACAGUUGUGAAAAGACUGUUGCCAUUUUGAGGCCGGUGGCAGUGGCCCAUUUGGCAGUGCUUAUGAUUGAAAAAUAGGAUAAUUGCCAAUUCCCUCAGUCUAGGCUGCAUGCUCUUCCUUUGGCAAGGAAUGGGCUGAAAGAUGAAACUUCCAAUCUGUCAUAUUUGUGUGUGUCAGUGACUCAGGGCUACUAUGGCCUGAACUGGAGUUAGUGUCUGAACUCACUUAAUAUAUGUCCCUCAGCUUAGCGCUUAUUACGAGGUCCAUUUUCUUUGUGGCUAAGGCACAGGCAAGGAGCGUUUGAUCUCUCCCUUUGCUAGUUUGAGCAUUAGCAGAGGCUUUGCCAAAGCUCACUUUAUGUACCACAAUUGCUCACUCCCUUCUGGGGGUCCAUAUAGAAGCAAAUGGUUGUGAGCUGCUGAGAUGAACAAGGGGGAAGCUUUCUCAAAAUUGUAGUUACUGUUUGCUCCGGGAAUGAGGGUGUUGAAGAAGCUCAAUGCUUGGUUCAUCUGAGAGUGAGUUGGUGGGCAGUACCCAAGUUGCUAGUUCAGUUCAAAAUAUACCAUAUUUAUGUGAAUCUAAUGCACCAUCGAAUCUAAUGCGCACCUCAGUUUUCAUAACCUUGAAACCAAAAAAGUGCUGUAUUUUUCGCUCUAUAGGACGCACUGGACCGUAGGACGCACCUUGUUUUAGAGGGGGAGAACAAGAAAAAAAUAUUCUCCCCCUCUCUGCCCAGCGCCCCUUCAGCGAAGCGGCAGGAGGCGCUGCGCAGAGAGGGGGAGAAUUCCCCCCCCUUGUUCUCCCCCUCUAAAACAAGGUGCCGUUCAAGGUGUGUUCAGUCGCCUUCAGGCGGCUACCUUGGAAGCCUGGAGAGUGAGAGGGGUCCCGCGUACCGACCCCUCUCGCUCUCCAGGCUUCAGGCUCCUUUCGAUCUGCUCUUUGGGGCUGGCGGAGGGAAGCCCUCCACCAGCCCCAAAGAGCAGCUCGGGGAGCAGUGGAAAGGCACGAAGCCUUCCUGCUGCUCAGCGAGCUUCUCGAGGCUGCUGGGGAAGCCCGGGGCUAUGGCUUCUUUAGCCCCGCGCACCCUCUCCCGGCUGGAGAGGUGGCACGCGGCUAAAGAGGCUGCUGCCAUAGCCGCGCGCCACCUCUCCAGCCAGGAGAGGGUGCGCGGGGCUUUGGCAGAAGCCAAAAAGUGCUCCGAAGGUUUGCAGAUAGCUGCAUGAAGUUGACACUGCGUUCCCCAGGCUUCAGGCUGCAGGCUGCUAUCCGCAAGCCUUCAAAGCCCGGCGGGAACUCCCGCCGGGCUCCGAAGGCUUGUGGAUAACUUCCUGAAGCCUGGAGAGCGAGAGGGGUCGGUGCACGGGAGGGGUCUUCUAGAGCGAAAAAUACGGUAUUUGCUAUGUCAGUGGUGUUUUUCUAGUUUGCAAUCAAAUCUAAUAUGCACCCUAAUUUUCAAGAUGUACUGCAUUUUUCUGUGUAUAAUACGCCCCCAAGUAUUUGAUGACCCCAAUUUUUUAAAACCAAAAUUAAGAAAUUAAGUUGUUUAGCUUUUUUGGGGGGUGGGGGACGUCACUUCUGCCAGUCACUCACCCGCCUGCCUGCCACUGCCAAUCGCUUGCCACAGCCACUGCUGAUUGCACACCUCACUACAGCUGCCAAUUGUCUGCCCGCUCGCCGCCACCAACAGCCCACUUGCUGCAGCUGCCAAUUCCCUGCCUGCCUCGCCACAGCCACCAGUCACCUGCCCAAUCUCUGCUGCCAAUCUCCUGCUUCCUGCUGCCAUUAAUCGCACGCCCCCCCCCCCCGCAUUCACUAUCCGUGUAUAAGACGACAUCCAAUUUUUGCCUGUUUUUUUUUUUUUUAGCAAGAAGCAUCAUCUUAUACACGGAAAAAUAUGGUAAUUUGUGCAAAAAAGGUGCACAUUACAUUCAAGUAAAUAUGGUACUGUUUGUUUAAAGUUGACAGACUAGAGUCUUGACAGACUAAAGUUGACAGACUUCUGUGUCCAGAAGGCAUAUUGGGUGAUAUUAAAAAUGGAGGUUUUCUCAUCAAGUUGUGAAUUCGACCUGGUCUAGAUGGGGGGAGAGGUUAAUAUCUGUGAGUGGUUGUCCUGAUUGUCUCGCUGAAUCAUGGGGCCAUAAGGCUACUUUAAACAAAAGUAUUGUGAAUUUUGAGCAGACUCUUGGAGAGGAUUACCUAUAUCAAGAACCAGUUUUUCUGAGAACAAAUUUCUGGUGCUUAUUGAAUUGGAGAACUGACAUUCCUUUUCUUUGACUUUAAAUUGCCCUCUCGAAUGUUUGGGAAACCUACCAGGAAAAUCUGUUCAGAGAAGUGAUAUGGAGCUGUGACUAAGAGCUUGUUGUUCUUCACUCCAUGUAUACAUUUACAGUUUCAUUUGUAACUGCACUGGUAUUGCAAAAUCCCUUACAUCAGUUUUGUGGCAAAAUAAAUUUGGCAGCAGUGUCUUUGUCUUAUUCACAAGCAAGAGAGCCCCCUACCAAGGUUGGUUUUUUCACCUGUUUGGCUAAUGAUUUAUAUACCUACUAGUGAAGAUUUAUAUACCUACUAGUGAAGAUGCAGCCAACUUUAUGAAUGUGAUUGUCCUUAAACUUCAUCAAAAUGAGAACAUACAUCUAUCUCUGUGAUUUGGGGAAAGAAUGAGAAAGUUGAUAGGUCCAGCAAAGCAAGGCCAAAGCAGUCAUGAUAAAUUGCAGUUAUUUGGUUCUUGAAAGACUAACAAAAUGAUGCUUAGCUUCAAUUCAGCACUCACAGUAGUUGUUUGGGCAAAAGGAUUUCAAUGAAAAUAGAUGUGUAGUUGUUUCGAAAUUUCUUUUUAAUGGGCAGAUUCCUAGCACAGUAAUUUGUGCUCUAGAUGAAACAGUUUUCUUUCUAGUGUUGUGUAAUCAUGUUUAGGUGGCAUACUCAGUGAGCAUCUACUUAUGAAGCCCUGUCACAUUUGACGAGCAUUGGUUAAUAGUAUGGUGAUAUAUAUGGUUGGGAGGCAAAAGCUGAGAGGUCUUGAUAGUGCAGAGCAGAUGCAACAGUCCCAUGGAAGGAAGGUUUCUAUUGCUCUCAGCAGUGCAGACUGAGGAGAAAAAUACUCAUGGCAGCCAGCAGAACACAAGACGGGAAUAAGAGGGUAGGCAGCUGCAGUUCUGAGAGAAAUUUAGGGAUGAUGUUUUGUUUCAUUUUAUAUUUUUAUCUCACUACAGAUGAAUUUUGCCUUCCAAAGUAGGCUCACAUCAAUCAAACAAUGAGACACAGAUCCUGCACUCAGACCUACAGGCCAAACACUAUGGAAAGGGGGAGAACAAUCAGUUUAACAACCCAGAAUAAACAAACAUUUAUAUCCAGCUGAUGAAGCCAUUCUUCCCUUGCUGGUGGUUUUGGUGUGGUAGAAGUGGUGAAACUGAUGGCAGGGGCCAAAGAGUUAUCCCUUCCCUUUGUUGCAUUCUCAGGGCAACUGUGAUUAUGUAGAUGAGUGUCUAUCAAGAUUAUAUGAUGGGAAUGUACAUGCUUUUGUUCUUUACUACAGCUCAUGAAAGUUUUUAUGGUUUGGAAGGCAUCCAGGCAUAGGCAUAGUCCCAGGUGUUUGGGACUACAAUUCCCAUCAUCCCUGACCACUGGUCCUGUUAGCUAGGGAUGAUGGGAAUUGUAGUCCCAAACAUCUAGAGGGCCGGAGUUGAUUUCUUAAGAGAGAAAAACCAUUUCUUAAGAGCAGAGAAGAGCUUAUUAGGGACUAAACAUUCUCACUGACAUGCUUGCUUGUACAUGCUCAAAAGUUGUCUAUGCAACUAAAAAGGCUAGAUGGCUCUUUUGAAAAGAAAACUAGGAUUCUUGAUCACAUUCACAUUGGUGAAAGUAAAAAAAGAUAAAGCUAUAGCGGGAGAGAAGAAAGAAAGAGGGUAGCUUUCUCAUAUAUUUUAAAAGGACAUUGGAAAGACAAAUGAACCAUCAGUUGGUGCGAAAAUAAGCAAUGCAUUUAAUCUAUGGAGGUGGGAACCUUUUUACUAUUGAAUUUUCUCUGACUGAGUAUGUUGGGGUGACUGAGAGCUUUCAUUCCCCAUAGUCAAUUAGUAUUCAAGGCCUGCAUUGUACAUAUAUAAAUAAUGUUAGUACUAAUCACAUUCGCUUCCCAUUUCUCUCCAAAGAGCUCCAGGUGGAAUGCAUUAAGUGAUACAUUUUUUUCUCUGACAAACCCUGUGUAGUAGAAUCAUAGAAUCAUCACAUCAUAGAAUUGUAGAGGUGGAAGGUACCCUAAGGGUCAUCUAGUCCAACCCCCUGCAAUGUAGGAAUCUCAACUACAGUAUCCAUGACAGAUGGCCAUCCAACCCAUGCUUAAAAGCCUCCAAGAAAUGAGAAAUGAGAGUUCACAACCUCCCGAGGGAGACCAUUCCACUGUUGAACAGCUCUUACUGUCAGAAAAUUUCUCCUGAUGUUUAGUUGGAAUCUCCUUUCUUGUUACUUGAAGCCAUUAGUUUUGAUUUCUACCCUCCAGAGCAGGAGAAAACAAGCUUAUUCCUUCCUCCAUGUAACAGCCCUUGAGAUAUUUGAAGAUGGCUAUCAUAUCUCCUCAGCCUUCUCUUUUCCAGGCUAAACUUACCCAGCUCCCUCAAGUGCUCCUCGUAAGUCUUGGUUUCCAGACCUUGAUUGUCUUGGUCACCCUCCUCUGCAUAUGUUCCAGCUUGUCAACACCCUCUUAAAUUGUGUUGCCCAGAAUUGGACACGGUAUUCCAGGUGUGGUCUGACCAAGGCAGAAUAGAGUGGUACAGUGGUACCUCGGGUAACAGAGGUUUCAGGUUACAGAGGCUUGAGGUUACAGACUCCGCUAGCCCAGAAAUAGUACCUCGGGUUAAGAAAUUUGCUUCAGGAUGAGAAUAGAAAUUGUGCUACGGCGGCAGCAGGAGGCCUCAUUAGCUAAAGUGGUACCUCAGGUUAUGAACAGUUUCAGGUUAAGAACGGAACUCCAGAACGAAUUACCGUAUUUUUCGCUCUAUAAGACGCACCAGACCACAAGACGCACCUAGUUUUUGGAGGAGGAAAACAAGAAAAAAAAUAUUCUGAAUCUCAGAAGCCAGAACAGCAAGAGGGAUUGCUGCGCAGUGAAAGCAGCAAUCCCUAUUGCUGUUCUGGCUUCUGGGAUAGCUGCACAGCCUGCAUUCGCUCCAUAAGACGCACACACAUUUCCCCUUACUUUUUAGGAAGGGAAAAGUGAGUCUUAUAGAGCAAAAAAUACGGUAACUGUGGAACUGCUAUUACCUUUUCCACAUGAAAAAUAAAAACACAAGAAGAGCCUUGCUGGAUCAGGCCAUCUAGUCUAGCAUCCUGUUCUCAUAGUGGCCAAGUGAAUGUGUGUCAGAGGCACACAAAUGGGACAUGAGUAGACACUCUCUUACUCAAGAGGCCUACUUUCUCUGAUACUAAAAAUCAUAUAUAAUUGUCACCACUAGUAGCCAUUGAUAGCCUUACCUUCAUGAAUUUGUCUAAUCCCUUUUAAAAGCUGUCCAAGUCAGUAACCAUCGCCAUGCCUUGUGCCUACAGAUUCCCAUAGUUGUGAAGAAGUACUUCCUUUUGUAUGUCCUGAAUCUUCCAAUAUUCACCUUCUUUUGAUGACCCCACAGGCUUCUAGUAUUAUGAGAGAGGAGGAAGAGCUUUUCUCUGUCCACUUUCUCCACCGUGUGAGAAUCUUAUACAUUUCUGUAAUUUAUCCCUUUUCACUUCUCUUUUCUCUAAACUAAAAAAGCUCCAAAUGUUGUAAAUCUGCCUCAUGACGAGGUUGUUCCAGCCUCUUUAUUAUUUUGGAUAUCCUCUUCUGCACUUUUUUGAGUUCUACAGUAUCUUCUUUGGGGAUCAUUGAUCAGAACUGUGGACCAUAGAGUUAUAUAACAGCAUUAAGAUUUGGGUGGUUUUAUUCUCACUCCUUCUCCUAAUGAUCCCUAAAAUGGAAUUUGCCGUUUUCUCAGCUGCUGCACACUGGGUUGAUACCUUCACUACAACUCCAGGAUCUCAUUCUUGGCCAGCCAUCACCAAUUCAGAACCCAUUGCUGUGUAUGUUAGGAUUUUUUGUCCCCAUGUGCAUAACUUUGCACUUCCUGACAUUUAACUGCAUUUGCUUUUUUAGCUCCCAUUCAUCCAGUUUGGAGAGCUCCUUUGGGAGUUCUUGUUUCUAGAACCCUGAUCAAUUUGUUGCCACCUCCAGGUUUGACUUUCUCACUUUCCAGCCCAACUCCAGCUUGUCCCAAUACAGAUCCAUGGUUGACCCCCACUUACUAUAUAUUUCUCCAAUGUGGGAGCUGCUCACUUUUUCCUACUCUCAAGUUCCUGUUUGUUGGUUUGUUUUGUCACUAAGGCCUAGGACUUUAUGCUUUUUCUCCACUCUUUGCCCUGGUUUCUCCGACUAGCUCAGGCACAGGGCUCUGCCUGUCUGCCGUGAUUACUGUUGAAAGGAUUCGUUCAUUUCCCCGUUAGUCUCCUUUUCCUCCCUUAGCACAUAUUUGACCAAAUGUCAUCUAAAUGUCCAAUAUCAUCCCUAAGCAUUUUUCUUGCUUCUAAUUUGUUAAAUAAUGUUUUAUUACCAGGCAUAAUGUUUUUAGUGAUGAAUUCCUUGAAAUUCUUUUUUGUAUUUUUUGUUGUCAGCUUUCCUUUAUUUUGCCAAUGUUUUGUUGCUUUUUGUUGUCAUCUCAUCUAUUUUGUGAAAAACACAUUCUUGCCUCUAUGUUACUGACUUUGCUUGUUAGCCACACAUCCUGUAGACCUUUGUGGCACCUUUCCUGAUCUGUGGUAUAUAUUAUAUAAUUUAACAUUCAUUAUGCUUUUGAAUAACCUCAUGGCAGUCUGGAGAAAUUUAACUUUGCCUUUCUAUUUCCUUUCUGCCAAUGCCCUCAGUUUUCUCCUUUGAAGUUCUGUGUGACUGUUUGACUUCCUUGGCAGUUGCCCACUUGCCUAUAAGUUGAAUUUGAUAGCAUUGUAGUCACUGUUUUCCAGUCUGUACCACAACACUUACAUCAGGUCCUGAGUACCACUCAAAAUGGUCUCCGUGACCAAUACAGGCCCAGCAUCUGCAGUCUGCUCUCAUUGCAAUCACUUGGAACUGGCUUCCUUUGUAUAUAUAUCUUCACUGCAGUGCUCUGUGAAUUUUUGAGGUAGGGACAGGGACUAGGAGUGGUCUUCAAUUAAGUUUUACUCAGAGCAGACCCAUUAAAAUAAAUGACCAUGAUUAAAUUAGACCCAUUAGUUUCUCUCUGAAUAAAGCGUAGUUGUCUAACACCCUAGGACAGUGUUUGAAAUUAGCCAGGUGCCAGUUGCAUUUUGCACCUGGCUAUCGACCACUUGCAACCAAGUGAAGAUGCCUAGGCACCAGGAUGGCACCUGACAUCACCACCAUUUGGAGGUGCAUUUCUGAUCAUCCUUGGGUCUUGACUCUUUCCACUCACUCAUACCACACCCUGUAGAAUUCUAUCAGUUAUAUUUUAUCUGCAUAAUCAGAAUGAAUUUCUGGAACCAAUAUGCUUUUUCUGUGUGCAGCCUGAGCAGUAGCAGUAAACAACAUUAUAGUUACUAGUUAUAGUUAUUAGUUGUAGCUUGUCUUCACUUACCCCACCCCACUGUCCUUCUCAUAGUGGUGAAGAAUAUUCUUACGUUAUUAUGUCACCAUUAAGAAAGAGAGAUUGGAAUAGGCCAAUGUACUGUGUAGGUGGGCAUGUUCCUGAAUCAAGUGACUUUUAAGUUCUCAAAGUUAACCUGACUCAAGGUAGUCGUCUGAGUUAGCCAGAUGUUUAACUGAGAAUCAAUCACAGUCAAUCCAUCAUUUGAAAAACAAGACUUCUGAGCUAUUUUACCCCAAAAUGGCAACUAAACAUUCUGUUUUGGUGACUGUAACCUUGGUUUAAGGAGCCAUUUGGCUCCUUGCUUAUAUAUCUGAUUUUCUAACACUGCCCUAGGAAACGAAUUGCUUAUGUCUCAAUACUUUUGACCUGAGUUAGCUAUCUCUGCUUUAAUGUCUUCAUUCAGUAUAUGUUUUGCAAAUAUGAUAUAAUUAAUGAAAAUCUCUAUUAUUCGUCUCCUUCCCCCACAGCCAGUUGCUGAACCAAUCCCAAUCUGCAGCUUCUGCCUUGGCACAAAAGAACAAAACCGAGAAAAGAAACCUGAAGAGCUCAUUUCUUGUGCUGAUUGCGGCAAUAGUGGUAGGUGGCUGCCUGCAUUUUGGGCAAUGAGAUCUAUUGAAUUGGUGACCUGCAAAUGCAUUCAUUGUGCACAUUUAACAAGCUAACUUAAAAAAAUAACACCUUUUUAACCCAGCUGGAGAAUUGCUUCAAAACUCCAAGAAGUUGCUUGGAAAGAAGGUUCAUUGUAGGCUGGGAAGACUCUUUGUCACACAGAUACCACCAACAGCUCUAUUAAAAAAUGCAAUGUGCAGGGAAUACAAUUUGUAAAAAUGCCCCCUGCAGAUGUGCCCUUUAGCCUAAUGCAGCUUUGUUUUUAGCUGCUUGCCUGGUGAGCGUAGGUGGAAUUUCACUCAGACAACUGAGUGAGCUGCUAGAAGACAAACAGAAUGCUCAGGCUGUCCUCUGGCAACCCACCACAUUUAUAUAUUGUGCAUGAAAGUUGGUGCUUUGCCUCCUCUCUACCCAUUGCAGAAACGAAGUGGGCUUCUGCAUGGAGUGCUCUUCACAUCUCCUGACAUCUCCUCCCACAUGGUUCCCAUGCUGGUCAAGGAGAAAUGGAAGCCCCCCUUCCCAUCCAGCAUAGAAACUAUGUGGCUUACUAGCAUAGGCAUAGAGCAUUUCAGGCAUCCUCUGGCAGUGCACUGGAUGCAUAGGAGGUAAAGCUCCCUGCCUACCAUAGAAACCAAGAGGUUGGAAAUGGAGUCAAGAAGGGCUCUACCCUUUCACCAUUAGCCCACCAUGUUAAUGUGUUAGACCAGAGCUUUUCAAACUGUGUGUCGCAGCAUAUGUCUGUCGGCUGCAGUGUGUAGGUAUGUUGCGUGAACACUGGAAAGGGGUUAGUUUAACCUCCGGUUUGCUAGUAAAACUGAAUUACUGUGUCAUGAAAUGAUGCAUGUCAAAAAAGUGUGUCACCAACAUUAAAAGUUUGGAAAGCUCUGUGCUAGACUCACAGCCAAUGAAUCUUUUUUGCAUUUAACAGAAACAUGGUGAGCUGAUGACAGUCUGUGUCUCUGUUAUUGAACCAGGUUUCUUUAAUUGUAUGCUGGAUACACAGGAAGGAGCUUUUCCUUUUGUAUGUCCAGCACUGAAGUGCAGGAGACUCACUAAGAAAGCAGGAACCUAUCUGUGCCUUGGCUGCCACCUACUAUGUUGGAUGAACUGGACAGGGUUCUGCCUCCAGCGUGUCCAGCAUAGAAACCCAGUAAGCUCCACCUUUGAAUAUAAAGGUGUGUUGGCAGGCUGGGGGGACAGGACUAAUCUACAAAGCUCACCUCAUGAACGGCUUCUUUGGCAUUAUUUGGGCACAUCAUAAUUUCUGCAAGUACUUAAGUACAUAUUGGAAUCAUCUUCAGUUAGAACUAUUCAUGCAAUUCCUCAAGGGUUUUGUUUCCUCUUUCCUCUGAAUAUUGAGUGUUUGGGCAAGAAACCAACUUCCCUUCCAAAAACACAUAUUGUGGGUUCAUCCCAGAGUGCCAAGCACACACGGAACUGCUCUGGCAGAACUGGAGUCUUUUUAAGAUGUCAAAUGUUAACUGCAAUAGAACCUGUACCUUCUGCUCUUCCUGAGCACAGGCUGUUCCUACUUAGUUUAACUGAAAUUGUUUUCACCUUGGUGUAGGUCAUCCAUCCUGCCUGAAGUUCUCCCCAGAGUUAACAGUUCGUGUGAAGGCCUUACGAUGGCAGUGCAUUGAGUGCAAAACAUGCAGUUCCUGUCGAGAUCAGGGCAAGAAUGCUGUGAGUACCUGGACAUUCACCUUCUGGAUCAUGUUCAUAUUCUAACUAAUUGCAUGAGAUUCUGCAGUUGGCGGUGAGAUUUGACCUUGCCAUAGACAUGUGCACAGUGCAAACGUCCAGGCUGAACUACUACAGCAUGCUGUGCUGGAAAAGUAUGUUCAAGUUUUAAUUGCUACAAAUUGUGGUGGUUCUGCAGAGAGCAUUUGUCGUAUCGGUUGUGUUGGUUCCCUAUUUGCUUCUGAGCCCAGUUCUGGCCGUCAACCUUCAAAGCCCUGAACAGCCUGAGAUCUUAGGGGGGUCUGCCUUCUCCCCAAAGAGUCUGCUGGUGCUGCUCUGUCUCUCUCCACUUUCUGAGGUUAGGUGGGUUAGUAUGCAUGGCAGGACCUUUAUGGCCAUGGCACCUAGGCUAUGUUCUUGCAUUUUACUAACAGGUUAAAACUUCCUAUUCCAGAAGUGUUUAGUGGAGAGGUCUUGGUUAUUCUUCCUACUUAAGAUUUGAGUUUAUUUGUUUCUACUGCAAUUUUCUCUGCAAGCUAUUGUUUUUAAAAAUAAUAUAUAUUGGUUGCAUUUGUGCUCAUUUAUGCUAAUUCAGAUGAUUUUUAAGCAGAAAAGUAGGGUACAAAUAUUUUAAAGGACUAUAGGAAGAAAAGUUUUGUAAAUAGAAUAAACAAAAUAUUCUUUCUGCCUCAUUAAUUCAGUGUUUAUUCCUUUGAUUGCAUAACAGUUAUAGGCAAAUAUUUAUCUAGAAAAUAUUUAACCAACCUUUCAAUAAAAUAUUACCAGAGCAGGAAAUUAUAGUAUUCUAUUAAUAGAAACAAAUAAAGCAGUGAAAACCGUUUGAAACAGCACUUGCAAGUAGUAACUGCUACUCUAACUGGCUGACAAUUAGCUACCGUGCUGUGUUCAAGGGGCCGGUAUUGGUGUACAAAGCCUUAUACCAGUGGUGUCCAAACUUUUUUCAAAGUAGGGCAGAUUUGAUGAAAUGAAGGGCCGUGGGGGCCAACCAAAGGGCCGACCAAGGUUGUUGACCUUUUUUUGGGAUUGAAGUUGUUGAGCUGCUUUUAGGUUUUCAGUUGUUGAGGGUUUUUUUACGAUUUUACCCCAAGAAAUAAACUGCCACAGGGGCUGGAUUAAACCGACUGGCGGGCCAGAUUAGGGCUCCCCCAAUGGACUUUGGACAUGCCUGCCCUAUACAGUUUGAGACCAGGAUUGCCUCUUUGCCUACAUACCCAUACAUGUGAGCCAGAGUCGAAGCUUCGUUAGACUGCUCUGCUGAGGCAUGGGCAGCCGCUUGCCCCUCAACAGAGCAGUUUAAACAAGCCGCCUGCCCACACGGUCCCUCUGCAGUGUGAGGGCCACAGCGUAAUUGCAGCUUCUGAUUAUAUAUUUCUUGCAGUUUCCCUUCCUCAUCCUUGCACAGGCAGGAAGAUACCAGUCUGCCCCUGGAAUACCCCCUCUCAGCCUAGAAUCAUAGUGGUUAUAUUUGAUGACAACAGAAAAGAGUGUUCUUGGUCUAAGUGCUUGAAUUGCAGUAACUUGAAAUUUCUGUGCUUCGCAGGAUAAUAUGCUAUUUUGUGACUCAUGUGAUCGUGGCUUUCACAUGGAAUGUUGUGACCCCCCUCUGACCAGGAUGCCAAAAGGUAAGAAAGGGUUAAAAGAUGCUGCAGGGGGAGAAACUCACACAAACAACCCUUUUAGCCUUCAAAUUAUAGAUGUCUUUAACAGGCAGAACAGAAUAGUAGCAUAGGCUUGAUUAAGAGUUCUGAAUAACUUUACAGAUAGUGUUGUAGUGAAUAAGAGUGUGAGCUGCGAGACAUGAAGAAGACCAUGGCUUGAAUCUGGCCUUUUCCAUGAGCUUACUAGGUUUCCUUAGGGAAACCACAAGUCUGUCAUUUUUUUUUAAUAAGAUAUUUAUUCAGCUUUUUUAAAGUAUUACAAUAAAAAUGAAAAAAAUAACAAAAAUACAAAAUAAAAAUAAUUAAAAACACACAGAUUUUCCAUUACUUGUUUUCCUUUAGCUUGUUUCCCUGACCUCCUCAUACCUCCCUUUUUUGUAUUCCAGUUCAAUUUGUUGGUUCAGCAAAUCCUUACCCUCUUUAUUUAUCCUAAUCUUUAGUCUUAAAAUAGUAACGUUAAAUUUUUACCUAUUAACAACCCAUUUUUCAUAAUCCCUUAAAGCAUUACAGCUGGAAACCACUUAAUUUCUAUCCAACAUCAUUCUAACAUUCAUUAAUUUUACAAUAAUUCUGUAGAUAGUCUUUGAAUUUCUUCCAAUCUUCUUCCACCGACUCUUCUCCCUGGUCUCGGAUUCUGCCAGUCAUUUCUGCCAGUUCCAUAUAGUCCAUCAGCUUCAUCUGCCAUUCUUCCAGAGUGGGUAGAUCUUGUGUCUUCCAAUACUUUGCAAUGAGUAUUCUUGCUGCUGUUGUGGCAUACAUAAAAAAGGUUCUAUCCUUCUUUGGCACCAAUUGGCCGACUAUGCCCAGGAGAAAGGCCUCUGGUUUCUUCAAGAAGGUAUAUUUAAAUACCUUUUUCAGUUCAUUAUAUAUCAUUUCCUAGAAAGCCUUAAUCCUUGGGCACGUCCACCAAAGGUGAAAGUAUGUACUUUCAGUUUCUUUACAUUUCCAAGAUUUGUUAUUGGGCAAGUGAUAAAUUUUUGCAAGCUUGACUGGGGUCAUGUACCACCUGUAUAUCAUUUUCAUAAUAUUCUCUCUUAAAGCAUUACAUGCCGUAAACUUCAUACCUGUGGUCCACAACUGUUCCCAGUCAGCAAACAUAAUGUUAUGUCCAAAAUCUUGUGCCCAUUUAAUCAUAGCAGAUUUCACCGUUUCAUCCUGAGUAUUCCAUGGGAAACCACAAGUCUGUCAGCCUCAGCUCCUCCUCCUCACCCCCACCCCUCAAAAAUCUGCAGUACAGGGUCAUAAUACUACUACCAUAUGUUAAAAGUUGGCGUAGGGAACUCUCUGAUUCUGUGUCUGCAGAGAAUGUAUUUGAAUGUUUGAACACUCAAGCAGUACUAUAUACAGUUCCAGGGAGAGCAUUGCUGUUGUGUUCCUGUCCUGCUCAUGGGCUUCCCAUGAGCAUCUGGUUGGGCACUGUGAGAACAGGAGGCUGGACUAGAUGGGCCACUUGCGUGCCCAGCAGGGCUAUUCUUAGGUUAUAUAAAUAAUACGGUAUUGUUCUCUGGGUCUAACAGAUGUUGACAUACAUUAUGCUGAGUCUGUUCACUUUACAGGCAUGUGGAUAUGUCAGAUAUGUCGGCCACGUAAAAAAGGAAGAAAACUUCUACACAAGAAGGCAGCACAGAUAAAGCGGCGUUAUGCCAACCCAAUAGGACGUCCCAAAAACCGAUUAAAGAACCAAAAUGCAACGUAAGUUUUUCCAAAACUUGGUGGCAGUGGGUACAGUGUGAAUAUGGAUACCUGUGCAGUUCUGUUGUUAGAGAUGUUCCAUCUUCUUUGUUGGGUUAAAUAUUUUGGUACGUGUUCUGGAAAGAUUAUGAGUACUUCUGUCCAAAUUUUUAAUGCUUUUUGUUUUUGAAUGCGACACAAGGCAUAUCUUUUACUUUGUGGGAUUCAUUAAUUUCCCAGCUACCAAAAACUCAGCAUUUGUUUUGGUUUUCACAUUUUUUUUAUUUGUAGAAGAAGUCUGUUUACACCUUUCAGUGUAGGCAGUUAGUCCUCAGUAAAAAAAACUUCCGGUGCUGAUUUCAAGCAGCCCAAGCUUCUACUUAGGAGGUAGAUCUCUAUGCUAGAUAACAACAAUGGCCAUUCUUAGCUUGCAUUCCCACUGAAUCUAAAGUAAGCGAUGAGCUUCCCUCCUUCAAUAAAAUAAGUUUGAGCAUCCACUUUGCUCUGUUAGCUUGAGGCAAUAUAUAACUAUGUUUCUUGCACUACAAACCCUUCUAGCCUCUCAAGUUAGACUGGCAGAAUGUUCUGCUGCCAUUAGUGGAGUACUCUGUCUCACUUGCUUUUCAAGAUUUUUCCACACCCAUGAAAUCUGGAGGGUGCUUGGAUUGUUGCUUUACAGAACACAGGACAUGAUCCAUGUCACUGCUGCUUUUGAAUAUUUAGAUGGCUUCCAAUUUUGCUCUAGAGUUCCAUGUCAGAAAGGUGUGGGAGGGAAACUAUCUGAAGGGUCAAACAAGCCUUGCCAUUAGGAUCAUUAUACACUGCUCUUAAACACUUGAGUUCUCGUGGCGUCUUUUUGGUAGGGGGGGCGGGAUUAAGUACAUAACUCCUAUACACUUAAUUUUUAUUCAGAAUACCAGAUUCCUGAGAAAUUUGGGAAGGCUCCAGUUCUGUGUACAGUUAACCAUACAGUGAGCUUCAUUGAACAGAGUUGGGUUUGCUUCUGGGUUUGCUUCCAUUAAAUUGCACUGCAGGUAUCUUUAUUGCCCAAGGAAGAAUUUGAAAUUAUCAGCUGGCCAAUACCCUGCAUAGCUUCUCUUUCUGUAAGUCUCUAUUACCCACUUUACUAUUUGUUUAGAUCAAAAGCCCCCUUCAGCAAAGUUCAGACGGGACCUGGUCGAGGUCGUAAGCGCAAGACUCCCCUAUCCAGCCAGUCAACUUGUUCGUCAGAAGAGGGCUAUUUGGAGCAAAUCGACGGCCUGGAAUUCUGCAGAGAUGCAAGCACCACCUUGAAAUUCAACAAGAAAACCAAAGGGCUCAUUGAUGGCCUUACCAAAUUCUUCACCCCAUCCCCUGAUGGGCGUAAAGCUCGAGGAGAAGUGGUGGAUUACUCUCAGCAGUAUAGGAUCAGGAGAAAAGACAAUAGGAAAUCAAGCACUUCUGACUGGCCUACAGGUAGCUAAUUGUAGAGGGUAUUAUCUCGUCUUACUUUCUGGACUUCUAAUUUUCAAUUUGAGAACAGAUUCUGAAGAAACUUCAACACUUUGUUUUUUUUUUACAUUAUCAUAAAUGUUGGGGCACAAUACAUUCUGUUGAAGGUACUUGGGUGGAAGCAGUAGAAUAUAUAUAUAUAUAUAUGUAUAUAACCACGUACAAUUAAAGGGUCAUCUUCAAAUACACCACAGAACCUUGGCAAAGUGUAUAUGCUAAAAUCAUCAUAAUAUAUCUUUUCAUUUGUGGACAGCAGUCCAAGCAGUGGAGGUUAGUGUGUAUUAUUUUGUGUUUGUUAAGAUUGUAAGAAUAUUUAUUUAUUUUAUUAGACUUACAUUGCACCUUUCCUCCAAGGAGCUCAAGGUGGCAUAUAUAGUUCUCCUCCCCAUUUUCCUGGCACAACAGCCAUGUGAGGUUGGUUUAGACUGAGAGCACAUUUCCACAGUCCAGGGGACUAUGCCUUCUCCCAAAGCCAAGAAGUAUUGAUGGGUGAGAGUGGAAUCGUUAUACCACUGGAAGAACUGAAGCUGCCAGGUGGUGGGGUGGAAGGGUCUAUGUUGGUAUGUCACAGUUUAGUCUAAAGGGGUAGCCUGCCAUGAACUUCAAAACUUCUUAGUGCAAUAAGUGCAAUAACCCCUUUUAGAUAGUUAUUUAUCCUGUGACCACCUUACAUAUUCAGGUGCUUAAUUUCAGGAAAUUCCAUUUGUCGUUGUGUGUUCAUUUUCAGACAAUCAGGAUGGCUGGGAUGGAAAACAGGAAAAUGAAGAAUGGCUUCUUGGAGGUCCAGAUGUCAUGACUGAGAAAGAUAUGGAGUUGUUCAGAGAUAUUCAGGAGCAAGCACUGCAGGUAAAAUUGAAUGAAGCUUGCAUGCUAAGCUAUGGUUAGUAGACUCCUACAGAGGUGCGGGUGGUGCUGUGGUCUAAACCACUGAGCCUGGGGCUUGUCGAUCGGAAGGUCGGCAGUUCGAAUCUCCACAACAGGGUGAGCUCCUUUUGCUUUGUCCCAGUUCCUGCCCACCUAGCAGUUCGAAAGCACGUCAAAGUGCAAGUAGAUAAUAGGUAAUGUUCCGGCAGGAGGGUAAACAGCGUUUCCGUGUGCUGCUCUGGUUUUGGUGUUCCGUUGCGCCAGAAGCGGCUUAGUCAUGCUGGCCACAUGACCGGAAAAACUGUCUGUGGACAAAUGCUGCCAGCUCCCUCGGCCAGUAAAGCCAGAUGAGUGCCACAACCCCAGAGUCGUUUGUGACUGGACUUAACUGUCAGGGUUCCUUUACCUUUUUACAGGGGUAUAUUAGUCAUAAGAUGCAUAGUACUGAGAAGAUUGAGACAGGUAGUUUACUGAGGAUUUUCUGGGAACCAGCCAGUUGAUAAGAAGUGAUGAGGUGUGAUGCUGGUGAGAGAUCAGCAGGCAGCUCUGAGGCAAACUUAAAAUAUUAUAGCCCAGAAACAUGGGGCUGAUGAGUGGAGAUUGAGGAUUGUCCAAGAUUGUAAGACUUGCAUGCCAAAGCUAUACAAUAGCUUUGCUUGCUUCAAAACUGAAUCAGAACAAGUCUGUACCUUCCCGUUUCCAUUUCUAUUGGACAUUUCUUCCUCCCUGUUUUAGUGCACAUUGAAUUCUGCAAGGUCUUGCCUGGCAUUUUUGAGGGGAGUUUGCUUGUUUUUCAGUGUUCUGUAUAAAGGACAUUGGCUUAAUGCAGAGUCAUGGUAGAUUGUUCAAUAUUCCAUGUUUGUGCACAUCUGUCUAAGCAUGGCCCUUCAGCUCCUUCAUGGCUGUAUUGGUACAGAUACAAUAUGUCCUGUUUCAAAACUGCAGGGGAAAGGAGGCUUAUAGGUUCUGUUUCUUGGGAGGUGUUGAUGACCCUCUGCCUGGAAGAAGACAAAUACAAAAGCCAGUAGAACCUUUGGAGUAAGCAGAUGAAGAAAUGGAAAAGAAAGCUUGUUGGUAUUUCUGUAACAGGAAGAUUCCAAGGUCAUAUAUAUCCAUGUGUUGAUGGGAAUACAGAAACAAAGGCUCAUGUGUUGCUAGUAUGUUGUUUUUACAAAUAUUUGCUUAAAGAGGUAAUCACCUCAUCACCAGUGUUUGGAAUUCACUGUGCACUAUGCACGUUUGCUAUUGGCAAGGGUCCAGUUGCAACUACAUGGAGAUUUCUGGGCGCCAGGUUGGUGACUGACGUCUCAAUCGAGCCAGAUGACUCAUGUGCAGUAAAAGUUGUGUCUUGUGCUUCUGCGCGGCUAUGCAAAUCAUGGACCCCUUGCUGGGCACCUUAGUCCUCCAUCAUCACAUAAAGGAAAGUAAGUGCAGGACUGAAUACAGAUCUAUUUGACUGUGCUACAGCCUUUCCACAGGCCACCCAAAUGGAACUCACAAACCACAGUUUAAAAACCUCUGCCUUAGUCCAUAGUUUACAUCUUUUCCAUUUCUGCUGCAUUUCUCCUUCUUACAUAUUGGGACAGUCAAGCAAUGUAGUUGAGAUCAUAGAAGCGUAGAAUUGUUGGAAGGGAUCCUUAGGGUCAUCUAGUCCAACCCCCUGGUGAAUAGACAUUCCGUUCUGGUGGCCAUAACCAAGGUUUAAGGUGUCACUUGGCACCUGGCUUGUAUAUCUGAGUUUCUAACACUGCUCAUCAUUAUCUCAUCCAGGAGGUUUAGUUGAUUAUUACAUGAAUUUUCUCUUAUAGACCAAGAUAAGCUGGUGACAGCAAAGACCACAAAUAUUUUAGCUUCUGCCAUUAAAGUAAGGACAACAAUGAUGUCCUCUGAAAUUGACGCUUUUAUAUUUAGUUGUGUUUAUAUAGGUGCACUCUGUGCACAAAUUAGAAUGGCUGGUGCAAAUAUAUUAUUUUUGUAAUAGGUUUUUUUUGGUCAGCCAGCUUCAGGCCUUUCAGACAGCACAAACUAGUUAAUCUCUGAUCAAUGUAGACUUCUGAUAUUUGAAAGUAAUUGCUUAGCAUAUAUAGCAUGGUGUAAAAUCCAGAGUACUUGCUCAUGAGUUACUAAGCAGCCCUACGUCUCUUUGCAACUUCUGAUAAAUAUUACUGUUCUCUUUUCUUGCUGAUAUUGUAUAUACCGUAACUUUGCAAAGACUUGUGAGUGUGAGUUUGGCAAGGAUUGGGUUAAAUUCAGCUGAGCUGCUGACGCAGUGCGUAUCCAGGUAGAGCAGGGUGCCACACCUGAGCAAAUUGGAAUACGCUGAGCAGAGGUGCAAGGAUGGCUGGCUGAGUUGUUGAAGAGAGACCGUCUGCCGGAGGGAGUGAUCUGUGGCCGGGUGCCACCGUUGUGGGAGCUGGACGUCUGCUUUGAUGGGACUUUGAGCUGUUAUGAUGUGCAAGCAGUUGUACUGGAACUGGGACUCCACCUUUAUCUCAGGCAUCUAUUUGGAGGAGAAUUCAGUGGCCAUCCAGAAGGCACAAACAUGCAAGGCAGUGCCACAGGUGCGGUCUGAGAGCAUCCUUGAAGCAUCUCCAUGUAAACCAGUGUGGUUCUGUUGGCAACAGACUGUGAGCUGAGUAAUUUCAACGCUGUCCUGUCUGGGAUUAGCAAUUCUAAACUACGUUUUUUGAAUUGUGGAUUUUCAUAGAUACUGUAUUGUGUGUCUCUCAUUCUUCCAUGGAAUGAUGUGUUCUUAAAUUGGCUUCUAUCAGGUGGUAGAAUUCUUGAGUUUCAGUUUGGGUGAUUGAACUUUUGCUACCCAUUAUAUUUGUGGAGCCAAUUACAAGACAGUUUCUAGCAUCAAACAUGAUUUUGAUUUGGCUAUUGUGUGCUUUUUUCUCUUUUGACUGAGGAUAUUUUGUAUCUUAGGGAAAGUAAAUUGGCUGUUGCAGCCUUUCCCUUAGGAAAACCCAUCCAAUCCCUCAGGUUUUUUUCCUUAAAAAAGAAAAGGGGAAGAAAGAGCCCUGGGACUCAAUCAGUGGCGAAGAGGUGAUGUUUAGAGCAGUUGGACUUGCUAUUGUGCACACUAUUAAGUAACUGAGAGAUUUUAUUUGUGUAUUGCUGUGGAAAGGUACAUCAGGUUGUUUUCUGGCAUGGCAAGAUAUGAGGGAAGAAUAAAGAGAUUUGGUGAAUAUAGCUGUUUCCUUAUUGCUGCUUUGAGAUUAUUCAAAUGUAAAGGUGGAAGAAAAAUGACAAAACAAGAAAUGUCUACAAACUUUUGGAGAAAAAAUGGUUCUGCCUUAACUUUUGUAUAAAAAUAGAAGGAUUUCCUUGUUGAAUUGUACCAAAGGUCCAUCAUAGUGCAGCAUCCUGUUUCUAGCACUGGCCAGCCAGGGGUCUCUAUUAUUCAUGGGAGGAGCCUUCUCCUGGUAGUCAGACAUAGGUAAAAGGACCCUGACCGUUAAGUCCAGUCGUGGACUACUUGGGCUGCGGCACUCAUCUCGCUUUACUGUCCAAGGGAGCUUUACUGUCCGCAGACAGCUUCCAGGUCAUGUGUCCAGUAUGACUAAGCCACUUCUGGUGAACCAGAGCAGCGCAUGGAAACGCCAUUCAGCUUCCCACCGGAGCGGUACCUAUUUAUCUACUUGCACUUUGACGUGCUUACGAACUGUUAGGUUGGCAGGAGCAGGGACCAAACAACGGGAGCUCACUCCGUCUUGGGGAUUUGAACCACUGACCUUAUCAUUGGCAAGCCCUCGGCUCAGUGGUUUAGACCCAGCUCUUAUCCUAAUCCAGCCUUUCCCAUCUUGAUCACCACCACAUGUUUGAACUACAACUACCAUAAAGAGAGUUUGAGUUCUAAGCAUCUGGAAGGGACCAGGAUGGAGAACGCUGUCCUUUAAAAAUCCCAUCAGUAUCUCUCAUGAUAGAGAAUUCCAAAGUGCUUUUAGCACAGUUUGGGUAAAGAGUAAAUCAGUAUGAAUAUUAUUUCAAGACAUAAGCUGGUCACCAGUUCCUGUUUAGCACUUUUAUAUUCUGAAAUUAAAUUAGAAAUCUUUUCUACACAGUUACAGGUGUAAGUUCUCUGUCAUUGCAGUCUGUGUUAAGGGUGCAUUUUUGGUCACUGAGGCCAUUUAUUUGGAUUUAUUUAUUUAUUUAUUUAUUUAUCUGCUCUAUUCUACCCCCAAGGCUUUCCGACAGAUGAAAGAAUUUCAGUCAAAUAUGCUAUGGUUUAUAAGACUGAGAAUGAGUGUUAUACCUGCAUGCUCUUUUUUCUCUUGCACUGCACUGAAAUACUUUCAGCAUUCGUUAAAACCAUUGUUUACUGUUACUUCCAAACUGGGAAACUGGUUAAAUCUUAGACUACAAACAAAGUCUGAAAAUGCAGUCUGAACGAGGUGGAAACACAUGGGCACGAUGGUUUUUCUCAGUCGAAUAAAUCAUGGUUUUUUGGGGCCACAGUUAUAAAUAUUUAUGAACUGAUGGCACCCCAUGUUAUAAUUAAAUUAUAGGACUGGUGCUCGCACCACCAAACCUCAUUUUGGAGUGUUAUGAGCAAAACUUGGAGUUGGGUGCUCCUGCCCUCCCUCCAGUCCCACAAUGCUGCACUACAUGGGGUUACCUUGCAGUUCCAGCCAAACAGAGGCAGACUUUAACUCUAGUUGCCCUCCAAACCAGGCAUGCAGACUGAGUUAAAGUCCUGCUUGGUAGAGCAAGCACAGUCCAUAGUUUUUCAAUUGAAUAAUUGGAUUACAGUGAGGGGUAGAGGCAGGUGUGUGAGGCUUGUUGAACCACCUAAGUAUAGCGUGGGAUUGCACUUGAACUGAGCUGUGUGUGAGAGAAAGGAGGAGACUCAGAUGCCACUUCCUGCAUCUGAGCAUUGAAAAGUGCCCUGUAGUUUAUAGAAAAACAAAGGGGAAAAGAAAUUGCUUUAAGCAAGUGUUUCUGUGUUGGCUAAGCUGACCUAACUGGCCCCCACUGAGGGACUACCUGCACUGACUUCGUAGUGCUGAAGCAAUGUGGGUGUGUGCAAAGGGAGGGAAGGUAAGAGAUGGACCUUCCAUAAUAGAUAAAAUGCUUUUAGCACUUGUUUAGAACUUGAUGUUUCCAAAUGUCCUGGGAUUUGAAAUACUUCUGUCACUAAAAACAGCACUAGGAGCUCAAUGUGAACACACACUACAGAACUUACAGGUGUAUUAGGAUGCAAGACAUAAUAGUAAUAUCACCACUAAGCAAGUCUUUUUAAUGUAUAGUUUAUUUUUCUCAAUAUACAAUGAGAGAAAAGAGUGUUGGAAGUCUAACCAGCAUUUUCUCUCUUCCAUUCACUCCUGAGCCUUUGCUUGUAGAUGUAAUUUGCAAAGCAUCCUCAAUUCUUCAUAGUGUAUAUAAGGAAGAAAAUGUGUCUGGGGAGGGGGUGGGUAGAAAGGGAAAGCUAUAUUUUACCUUAUACAUGCAUGAAAAAUAACAAUGGAGGCCAGAGGUGUGCAGAUUGCCCCAAAGGAAGAUAAUUUCCUUAAGGGUUGAUGGCCAUGAUUCUUCUUGCAAAACACCUUUGCCAUAUUUUUUUUAAUGAAUGAUACCCAACUAUGUUGUGCGCAAAAUAGACCCAUUGAAAUAAGUGGACAUGAAAUACUUGAUUUCAUUGCAUCUUCCACUGGAUAGCUCCCCAUAAUCUGGGUAUUUCUAGAUAGAUAGAUAAUUUAUUAUGGUCAGAGACCAGCUUAUAAAACACACUUGGGGGUACAGUCACAGAAGGAAAACAAACAAUUAAAACAAUGUACAACAAUAAACUACCACAGGGAGUUGACCCAGAGUCACCCAUGAAACCGAGUUUGGGGAUUUUCUUAACAAACUAGUUUGAGUUGGGAGAUGGUCUGCGCCUGCAGACCUGUACACAGAAUCUGGCAACCAUCCAGGUCGUCUUCUGAUCUUUGCCUAACAGGAAAAUGUCAAAAUUUUGUGAGGUUAAAAUAUUUGCGAGGUUAAAAAGGUCAAAUUUUUGUGAGGUUAGCGAACCUCACCAGUAGGGGAUCAAUGGUCUUACUACGUGCCUCUUCAUAAGAGAGACAUCUAAAGAACAAGUGUUCUGGGCUUCCUAUCUCCCCCAGUGAACAGGUGCAAGAUCUCUUAGAAUAUGGGACUUUUUAAAAGGCUCCUUCCAGGACUGGCGAGGGCAGAGCUGAGCUUCUGGCGAGUGUAAAAGCCCUUCUUGCAUUUUUAGAUACGAGAAAGACGAGAUAUGCUGCCAGUGCGGCUAUAUCUCUCUCGAUUUCUCCAAUUUUAUAGUUGGGGCACCUUGAGCACUCCUGUUGUGUCUCGGUGUCUAUAAUUCUUUGCCUAACCAUUGCUUUUGCCUGGCCCAACCCCAGGCUCAGAAGGGCUUGAAGGGCAAAACCCAGUUUCUGAAGGGUGUUCAGGACUGCAGUCUGCCAGCCUGACUGGAAUUGGUCGCAGAAGAUCAGUGGGGCUAUCCCUUGGGGGGAGCAGAUUCAGUGUCAGCCAUUUGUAGAUUGAUGUUAGGCAGAUAGAAGCCUCCACUCUCAUCAUCCCUGUUUCUAGUCUAACCCAUGCGUUUGAAAUGCAUCUGGGGACUUGUAGGAGAGCUCUAAGGAGUUUGGAUUGAACUCUCUCGAGGGGGGAGAAAGCAGAGGAAGGUGGGCCCAGAAAGGAUCCAUAAAGGAGCUGUGCCAACGUUUUGGCCUUGUAUAAUUUUAGAGCCGCGGGGACGAAAAAGCCCCCUUGUGCUCUGAAAAAUUGAAGGAUACAGUUUGUGGUAUUUCUAUAUAUUUCUUUUGGUGACACUUUUCUGGUUUGAUGUAAAUAUUCUUGAGAGAGAGGUGUUGCAUCUUGAGUUUUGAAAACUUACACAAAACAAAACCCUGUUUGUAGGUUUGUAGGUCACCCAUUGCCUUUUGUUGCAGUUCCUAACCAGGUUCUGUGCUGUCUAUUACAGGUGCACUUGGGAUACAGGCCUGCCUGCCCCUGCUUCCUUCCCUCCCUUUUGCUUUUUCAGGAGUCACUUAUUUCCUUGGAUUCAUUAAGUGGCUAUUACCGUAUUUUUCGCUCUAUAGGACGCACUUUUCCCCCUCCAAAAAUUAAGGGGAAAUGUGUGUGCGUCCCAUGGAGUGAAUGCAGGCUCCUUGGCUUCAGCGAUAGCAACGCGAAGCCUCCGACGCGCAGAGGGAGCGCUCCCUCCAUGCUCCGGAGGCUUCGCAUUGCUUUCGCUGAAGCCUGGAGAGCGAGAGGCAUCGGUGCACACUAACCCCUCUUGCUCUCCAGGCUUCAGGGAUAGCCGCCUGAAGCCUUCGGAGCGCAGCGCGAGUUCUCUCUGCGUUCUGGAGUCUUCAGGUUCCUUUCGCUGAAGCCAGGAGAGUCUUGCUCUCCCGGCUUCAGCAAAAGGAACCCGAAGCCUGCAGAGCACAAUGGGAACUCGCGCUGCGCUCCGAAGGCUUCCAGAAUCUUUGAGGCUGGCGGUGGGGGAAAGCAGCGCUUCACCCUACUGCCAGCCCCACAAGCUGGGGGGCAGCGGGAAGGCUGCAUGCAGCCUUUGCGCUGCUCCCCGACUUGGUCUUUGAGGCUGGCGGUGGGGGAAAGCAGCGCUUCCCCCCGCCAGCCCCAAAGAGCAGGUUGAAAGGAACCCAAAGCCUCCGGAGCCCAGCGGGAACUCCCGCCGCGCUCCUGAGGCUUCGGGUUGCCUUCACUGAAGCCUGGAGAGCCAGAGGGGCAGUGCGCAGCGACCCCUCUCACUCUCCAGGCUUCCAAGGUAGCCGCCUGAAGCCUCCGGAGUGCAGCGGGAAUGUCCGCUGCCCUCCGGAGGCUUCAGGUGAACGCACCUUGAAUGUGCAGAACACACCUUGUUUUAGAGGGGGAGAACAAGAAAAAAAUUCUCCCCCUCUCUGCGCAGCGCCCCUUCAGCGAAGUGGCAGGAGAAAUGGAAGGGGCUCCGUUUCUCCUGCCGCUUCGCUGAAGGCACACUGAGCAGAGAGGGGAAUAUUUUUUUUUUCUUGUUCUCCCCCUCUAAAACAAGGUGCUUCCUAUGGUCGGGUGCGUCCUAGAGAGCGAAAAAUAUGGUAAUUCCUUUAGAUUACUCUUAACAGGCAAGCAUAAUGCUAAGACGGAUUGGACUAGCAUUUUUACUGGCACACCUGGCUUUAUAUUUUUCUUGCUUUGUGAAUUACAGUGGUACCUCGGGUUACAUACGCUUCAGGUUACAGACUCCGCUAACCCAGAAAUAGUACCUCGGGUUAAGAACUUUGCUUCAGGAUGAGAAUAGAAAUCGUGCUACGGCGGCAGCAGGAGGCCUCAUUAGCUAAAGUGGUACCUCAGGUUAAGAACAGUUUCAGGUUAAGAAUGGACCUCCGGAGCGAAUUAAGUUCUUAACCCCGAGGUACCACUGUAGUUCAGUGGAAGAAAACUGUGCUAUCCCAAAGCUUUUUCUUCUUUCCUGGAUUGCUGGAUCUGUUAAGUAGUGCUUUUGUUGUUGUUAACUUGGAGAGAUAUUUGUUUCUUUUACAGAAAGUAGGAGUAACAGGAGCCCCUGAUCCACAAGUCCGCUCUCCAUCAGUCAUCGAGUUUGGGAAAUAUGAAAUCCACACCUGGUAUUCCUCUCCAUACCCACAAGAGUAUUCCAGGUACAACACAGGCCUCCUCUCCAUUAUACAGUUUACAUUAUGCAGCUGAAUGUUUAGCAAGAGUAGGAAAUAAAGUGUAACUAUGUGUUAAGCCUGACAAGCUCAUACUGUAAAGACAUGCUCUUCCUUAAAAUUAGGACUGGAUGUCCUCUGAACAAACCAAAUGUGUAACCAAGUUAAAUCAUGCAAUGUAUAUAUUAUAUAUAUAGGUAUUUGCUUGUGUAGCAUUUUUUUUUUUAAGGUUGAAGCUAUCAAAGAAUUAAUAUAUUUUAGUAAGCACUGUGACAUGGGGGGGGGGGGAGGAAAGAGCAAAGAGCAUGGAAAUUUGAGUGUAGUGGCUGGUGUGCAAAAAUAGUAGCAAGGAUUGGAGACACAGGAUUUUGAAACUGCCCGGCCCCCCUCAGAUCCUUCUGCCACUGAUUUUCUUCUUGAAGUAAAGGCAUUGCAUUUGCAACUGUGAGAGUUGGCAACUUGAUUUUAAACAAACACAAGCACAGAAAUGUCAGCAUGUCAAAUUGUGUUGGGUUCAUCGUUUCUCUGAUCAUCUUCACAUACAGUAUAGGUACAGAUCUGCUCUACUUAUAACCAAGGAAAACCAGACAAUAUUUAGUGAUAACUGAAAGAAGUAUUCAGAAUAAUCAGAGCUGAGCUUCCUCCUAUCUUUGGGAUUAACAUACUGAAAGACUUUGUUUUGUUAAACAUUUUGUAGAUGUAAGUGUUCUUUAUUUUCUGUGCCGUGCAGCAAAGAAACAGAAGAGCGGAAUUUCUAUUUUAUUGAAAUUUGUAUGAUGGGGAGGGUCAUAGCUCAGUGGUACAGCAUCUGCUUUGCAUACAGGAGGUUCCAGGUUUCAUCACCAGCAUCUCCAGGUAGAUUUAGGAAGGCCCCUUGUUUGAAACCCAGGGGAGUGCUGCCAGCCUGUGGAAGUAAUACUGAGCUAGAUGGGCCAAUAAGUCUGACUUGAUAAUAGGCAGCUUCCUAUGUAUGUUCCAGUUGCCAGUUGCAUAAAUUAAGGGUACUGGAAAGGGGCCUACGGGGUCCCUUCAUAUCCAGUGAUGGACACCCUUGGUGAACUUUAGGCUAGAAGUAAUCCUAAGAGGUCUUUGUUAAGACCCUCAGUCUCAGUAAUUGAAUCCAACCAAAUACACAUUUUAACCUGCUCUUAUGCUUUUUUUGUUUCUGUAUUGCCUCCUGUAUACCCAGCUUUAAGACAAUGGACCUUUAUGGGAAUUGCCACAGUAGAGAUAACAGUACUGAUUGCCUCAAGUUGUAACCUUGCAAAACUGCUCAAUUCAUCCAUGCCUUUAAUAUUGCAGGCUGCCUAAGCUGUACAUUUGUGAAUUCUGUCUUAAGUAUAUGAAAAGCAGAACUAUCCUUCAGCAACACAUGAAGAAGUGUGGCUGGUUUCAUCCCCCAGCCAAUGAAAUUUACAGGAAGAGCAAUGUUUCAGUCUUUGAGGUAAGUGUCAAAGAUUAUUAGCUGCUGUUUAUGUCCCUGCCUGAAUCUCGGGCAUCAUCUGCUGUGAGCUUCCCAGAGAAGAACUGUUGUAGGAACCUAAUUCCCUUGUAAUGGGCUCUAAUCAUGGCUAGAAUCCCCUCUUUGGGAGGCUGAGGGCAGCCCAGUUUUUAAAAAACAACAACCCAGAACUGUCUUACUUUUGUAAUGUUUCAUGAGUGUCUCAUUCCAUUCAGUAAUGAUUGGCUGCAAAACAGAAGUGUAUUGGCAUUUUAUGUUGUACAUCCCUCUUAGGAAAAGGUUGGUAGUGUGAGGAGCGCUGGCCGCUUUGGGCUUCUCCUCAAAGUGACUACUUACCUCAGGCUGCAUCCUUUAGUUCUUGAAGCUACAAGUCCUUAGAUGGUUUGUGUCUGUUUGGUAUAAUCCUACUUGAUUUAAGCAAAUCACUUUGUGCUGUGGCCUGCUAGCAGUUCAUGAGGGAUAGUAUCUUGACCUGUUCUCCAUUUUUCUAAGGUGGAUGGCAACGUCAGUACCAUUUACUGCCAGAACCUGUGUCUAUUAGCAAAACUCUUCCUGGAUCACAAGACGCUCUAUUAUGAUGUGGAGCCAUUUCUCUUCUAUGUGCUGACGCAAAAUGACACGAAGGGUUGCCACCUGGUUGGCUACUUCUCCAAGGUGAGCAGUGGGGGGGUCUCCACUUGUUGGUGUCCUGACAAGACCUAAGGGAACUAUAAACCAGGAGCAUAUCUAUCAUGCACUUUUUAAAAAAUCUGCACCAAGUUAAUCCAAAUAUUGGGUGGUGAAAAGCUGGAUUCUGAAGCUUUUGCUUAAUUGAUUGCUCUGUUUUUGCUAAUCACGAGGAGAGGCACAAGGCACUACAGGCCCUUGCUUAACUCCUGGAACUUUUCCUGCUGACAUGUGCAGGAGCUUUGGCCAUAUACUUUCCCAUGCCUAUGCUUGCACUUAAAAGAAAAAAGGCUGGGAAUGUCUUUUUGAGACUGAAACUCUCAGUAAACUGAAUUCUGCACCCAAAAUUGCAUUCCACACUUUUUUGUGCUUGUGUGGAUUUGCUUCAUACACACAACCCUGACUAUGGCCAAAUACCUAGUGUGUGCAAAAAGACUAUAAACUUUCUUUUGUUCUUCCUGUCAAGUCUUGUGUGUGAUAAGACUGGCUAUACCUCUGGAAAAGUCUAUUCACACUGGUAUGACUCGUAUCCAAGAAAAUAUAAUUGGAUUUGAAUUGUGCGUAAACUGAAAGUCAUUUUUCAGCAGAUCUAAAUUUUCUCCCUCCUUAGUGUAGUGGAUCUAACCAAACUAGUGUCCAGUCACACUUCUGAAGUGAUGGGUAUAAUUUUAUGGGUUCCAAACAGCCUUUAAAGUUCUGCAUAAGCAGAAUCCAGGGAAUUGAAGCAGUUAAUCAAAGCAGCUUUCUUUUUUAUGCUGUUGAACAGAGUGUAUUCUCUAAGGAGCAUGAAUUCCAGCCUGGCAGCUCUGAGGGGAGAGGGUUUUAAAUGACUUCCUAGUCCCUUGGGUGGUGAGGAGGAGAGUUAGUUGGUGAAGUAAACAUUAAUUGUUACCUCCAAUGAGCUUGCUUCUCAAAUCAGAUGCUGAUCUCAUUUCAGAGCUUUUGUUUGCAUUUUGGGAAAGAGACCAUGGAGGCUGAAUGUGGCUUUAGUAUUCCUCACACAGGGACAGAGAGUUACUUUGAAAGGCCCGUCUUAACACCCCCCCCCAAAAAAAUAGAAGUUGUUUUUUACAACACUUUCAGAAAAGGAAACAAUGUAGCCUUAAUCUAUGGCCAUCCUAUCCCCCCCCCCCCACAAGCCCACCUGUAGAUGGACUUUUAUUUUGUCUUACCCCCACCCCCCACAAAGGUUCUUUAUUGCUUUGGAAAUCUCUGAGGAUUUGAAAAGCCCUUUGUAGAGAAGUAGGGAGAGAAGUUUGCUGUAAGUACAAGGUCCUGAAAUGAUGUAUUACAGGGGAGGGGCCAUGAUUCUGGUGGUGGUGCAGGUUCAUUCUUGAGCAUCUUUAACUAAAAAGGAUCACAGGUAGCAGGACUGGGAGGGCCUAUGUGACUGAGACCCCGGAGAACCACUGUCACUUGGAGUGGUAGACAUUACUGCACUAGGUACAUGAAUGAUACAGGUUUACAGAAAGCAACUUUGUGUGCUCAGUGACAGUUCUCUCUUCCUUUUCCUUCCUGGCUGUGAUCACAGAGGUUCAGUGGCUUGAUAAUGCCUUGUGUUCUUUCCUUGGAGACUUGCUUUUGGGGUGAUUGUGAUUUACCCCAAUUAAUUCCUCAUCGAGAAGAAGUUCUUUUCCAUCUUGCUAAUCUUCUGUGUUUGUGUGUGUGUGUCUCUCUUACUAGGAGAAGCACUGCCAGCAGAAAUACAAUGUUUCCUGCAUAAUGAUUCUUCCCCAGUACCAGCGCAAGGGCUAUGGCAGGUUCCUCAUUGAUUUCAGUAAGCAUAUUCUCAUUUUUCUGCCUUUCUCUUCAGCUUCAGAUUAAAGUUUAUGAAACCAUGCAAUUCCCCAGCACUUUAUUUCAAGAGCAUUAAUUAUCUGAAAUGCCUAUUUUUUGGGAUUCUGGCCAGCAUCCUUUUCCCAACUGCUUUCUUGCACCCCAGAUGCUUGCACACAAGCCCCCCUCCUCCCCCCAUCACACUUCAGCCCACAAGGACAUCUAAGAUGGCACUUCAGAACUUGCUCUUCUUCCCUGCUUUCCUAGCCAUGUGGAGAGGCAGAAAUUUUAUUUGUAUGUUUAAAAGGCUAUUUAUAUCCUGUCUUUUCCACUACAUCGUGCAAAGUGGCUAACAAACACAUCAAAUCAUUUACCAGUAGUCUUUACCCUUUUCACUCCUGGGACUCACCUGUAGCAUUUGAAGACCCACUUCUUAUUUAUUUGACCAUAUAUUUGUGUGAAUUUAUUGACAAACAGUAGCAUAAAUUUAUUAUGCGUUUUGGCUGAAAUACAACCUGAUUAGGGAAAGUGACCAGUUUGCAAAUCUACUACAUCAGUAGAUGGGUUUCUUCUUUCAGAAGAGAGUAAAGCGGACCAUCAGGGCCAGCCCUGAACAAGGCAGCUGCCUCAAGCAGCAGAUGCUGGGUCUGGUGAGGGUACCCAUUUCUUCUGAGCCCCCUGACCACUUGGCCCUAUUAGAGGAGGGAGCUGUGUGUGCCUCAAAGCCUGCCUUGCACCCCAAAGCUUUCCGAUGUGGUAGAGGUUGCUGUGCUGUUGCUAGGUGCGGAAAUAAGUUUAAGCUGCCAGUCAGGCUGGCUUCUGUGUGUUCAGUGGAAGUGGGCACCAUCUUGCCUUUCACUGCAGACAGCAAAACAUUUUUAGCUGGCACUACUGAUGCUGUGGUGUAAACCACUGAGCCUUGGGCUUGCCGAUCGGAAGGUUGGCAGUUUCGAAUCCCUGCGACGGGGUGAGCUCCCGUUGCUUGGUCCCUGCUCCUGCCCACCUAGCAGUUCGUAAGCACGAAGUGCAAGUAGAUAAAUAGGUACCGCUUCUGUGGGAAGGUAAACGUCGUUUCUGUGCGCUGCUCUAGUUCGCCAGAAGCGGUUUAGUCAUGCUGGCCACAUGACCCGGAAGCUGUCUGUGGACAAACACCAGCUCCCUCGGCCAGGAAAGCGAGAUGAGCACUGCAACCCCAGAGUCCUUCGCGACUGGACUUAAUUGUCAGGGAUCCCUUUACCUUUACUGGUGGUUAUGACAUAUCUGUGCAGCUGCUGCUGUUUAAUUUCCCAUUAUAAAUGUUUGUCUGAAAAAUGAACGUAUCUCAGUAUACAUGGCUAAUUUGAGUUCUAUAACUUGUGGAAAUGUAGGCAUUAAAUAUAGAAUUUCCAUUUUUCUGUUCAAAUUAGUUUUUUACUAAAUAUUCAAGAAAAAAUAUUAAUAUUACAAAGGAACAAAGGCAUAUAUAUCCUUAAAGCUUAUAGGAUUGUCGCAUAAAGGAAAACAAAGAAGCAAGGUGCGUUUUCUGGAGGACUCAAUGCCAGUGGCAUCAAACGCAAAGGGAAUACAGCCAUGUUGCUUUCUGGAGGGAAAGCAAAGAGCCAGUUCCAAAGCUAAGCUAACUACCUUUCGCCAAGUCCUUCUAUCUUUUAUAUUCUAUUUUUAUCACUGACCAUCACUUCUGAUGGGCAUCUUCCCAUUUGGUGAGGAGUGAGGCCCACAUUAUUCACUCUUACAGGAAUGCUGAUGCUCACUCACUCAUCGUCAGGAAAAAACACAUGUACUGUAGAACCGGACGAGGGGACCUCUGGCUCUGACCAUUGGUCAUGCUGACUGGGGCUGAUGGGAGUCAGAGGUCAUCUGCAGAGCCAUAGGUUCCCCAUUCCUGCUAAAGAACUUCCAGCAGCAAAACCCUUUCAUUAGCAUUCUUUUAAUACAAAAGUUUGCCCAUGUACAGUCUGCUUUAAUGCUUAGUUUACAUAAGUGCUUGAGACAGUAGCUUGAGACAGUAGCUCCUUCAUUUGCUUUACUAUCACAUUGAUGAGACUGAUGUGCAAGUUGAAGGUUUGUGAAAAGUCAGCGGAUUAUGAAGGUUGGUUGGUUUUGUAUUUAAACUUACAAAUGAAGAGUGGAGGGAGUUGAUUCAAACAGAAUUUUUAAACAGACAGGUGAAUGGUGAGCCCUGCUACCUGGGCGGAAGAGCAUCUUUGGUGAAUUCUGCACCUGGAAAAUCAAGCUGCAUCUGCCUUUUAGUCCUCACAGUGGUAUCGUGUAGCAGCCCUUGGACUUCAUAACUUCAAAGCUUGACUAACGUAAUGUAGUGUCCUUGGGAUCACCUACAGAGAAACCCUGUGUCUCUCCAGAUGUCCUUGGGCUGACAUUCCCAUCAGCCACAUGGCCAGGGGCCAAAAAUGUCAUUGUAGUCCAGCAACACCUGUAGAACAGGAGCAGGAGGUUCCUCCAGGCCUGUUUUUGAAAGUAGCAGCUAGAAUGUAACCCUGAAACUUGCCUGCUGAUGAGGACAAGUCAUAGGGAGUGUGAACUGAAUGGGUUUUCCAUGGCCGACAGAAGCUUCAUAUCACCUAUAUAUUUCACGAGUAACUGUUAGACAACUUGCUUCAAACCAGUAGGCUUGGCUAGAUCACCCUGUUACGUGACAGCAGCCUUGUGGCAUGAUAAAUACAUUACAAAUACAUUUUGGCAUAUACUUUUGUGGACUAGGGUCCACAUGAGAUCUGCUAUAAAGUCGCUCACAUCAGUGGCUUUUGGAUCAUUCUCUGGAAAGUAAGGGAAGAGAAGGAGAUGAAGGCAUAUGUUGAGGUAGCAAAGGUAAAAAUAACAUGUCUGAUUAAAAAGUGAGUCAGUUGUUAAUAGUUGUAUUCUGGAUCUAGCAAGGAUGAGUGAAUUGACAGAGUCAGCCCUGUGUUCACACAGCAGGAGUGAAAGAGAGAAGUACUGUUGGAAGUACUAAAAAUAGUAAGAGGGCCAAGAAAACGUAAUUUGACCAAAAUACUCUGGAUAAAUUAAGCAUUUGAGAUAAAGAAGUGCCUGGAUUUCCAGUUCCAAAACCAUCUUGUGUUGACCUAGAGGGAGUUUGCCAGAAAAUGGGAUCAAAAUAUGUUUGGAUUCCCUGUUUUGAGCAUACCUAUACAGAAUCUACAUUUCUAGUCCUGUAAAAUUGCUCUUAAUUUCCAAUAAUACAUAAUGUGUUCCCCUGUUCACAGUUACAAUGCCCAUUAUUUGGGCACCUAAUAAUACAAGAUGCCAUUUAUGUUUGAAAUAAUUCUUGGAACAUCUAAUUUCCCUAAUUAACAAUGACAGAGUUCACGCACAUCCUCUAUUAGCAACUGCUUCAUUAGGAUGGUCUAAAGUGGUUUGGUCAUGUCAUUGGUUGUGGCCGUUUGGAGGCCCCACCUAUCUGUCCUUGCCUCUCAUAGCAAGCUCAGCUGGCAAGUGCCAACGGGAUGAUGGGCAAAAUGGAGCUGCUAAAAUACAAGAGAGAGGUAUGCUUUAGGAAGAGGGAGGAAACCUUAAGGUUUGCAGAAAGGCAAACAAUCAAUAGAGGGUGGGGAACAAAAGGGAGGGGGGAAAGUCCCCAAACUGUGUGAAGAAUGAGAAGGCUUAGUGGCAACUGUGGCCGGGGGGGGGGGGGGCCGGGGGAAAAGGCCAUGAUUUGUUGACCACAACCCUGAACAGGAGGAGCUCUGCUCUGCAAUAUUUUUUUGCAAGUUUCACUUUUUUCACUGGAACAGAAAAAAUCUGCCACCUAGUGGCACUGUUUAUAUCCAAUUACAGUCAGACAUAUUGUAGCCUGCAAGACCUUUCCCACUGAUUUACCAGCGUUUGCUUCCAUGAUCCCAUGGGAAUUGGUGCUGAAACACUUCUUGGUGGCUGGGGGGGGGGUUGGUUGACCUUUUCCGAAAUCAAAGGUCUUAAUUGGAGGGUGUUCUACAUUUCUGUCCAUGUUUCUGAAAAAUUCAAAAUGCCUUCAGCACAGAUUAGAAUCAUGUAUCUCCUUGUACAGGCGGCUACUUCUGUGUGGAAGGGGGCGGGAAAUGCUGGUGACCUCUGGAGAGAAGAGCUUCUGGGUCCUGUGAGAGCCAUUGGCUGUUUUUGUUGACUUAAAUUCCAGUCAGAGUGCCUGACCCUAUAGCUGAAUAAGGAGCAGACACUCAAACAGGGUAGGCUAGCUUCCGUACAGAGCCCAGUCCUAAGUGUUUUCUGCUUUCUCUCAGGUUAUCUCCUAUCAAAGCGUGAAGGCCAAGCAGGAUCCCCAGAGAAGCCGCUAUCAGAUUUGGGUCGUCUCUCUUACAUGGCUUAUUGGAAAAGCGUAAUCUUGGAGUGCCUUUAUCACCAAAAUGACAAGCAACUCAGCAUCAAGAAGCUAAGCAAGCUGACUGGCAUCUGCCCUCAAGACAUCACUUCCACCCUGCAUCACCUGCGAAUGCUGGAUUUCCGAAAUGAUCAGUGAGCAUCGUAGAAUUGGAGGGCCAGAAAUGGCAGGGUCAUAAUUACUGUAUUUUUUGCUCUAUAAGACUCACUUUUUCCCUCCUAAAAAGUAAGGGGAAAUGUGUGUGCGUCUUAUGGAGCGAAUGCAGGCUGCGCAGCUAUCACAGAAGCCAGAACAGCAAGAGGGAUUCCUGCUUUCACUGCGCAGCAAUCCCUCUUGCUGUUCUGGCUUCUGAGAUUCAGAAUAUUUUUUUUCUUGUUUUCCUCCUCCAAAAACUAGGUGCGUCUUGUGGUCUGGUGCGUCUUAUAGAGCGAAAAAUACGGUAAAGACAUGGCUGUGCCCAAUGGUAGAUUUCAGUGGAAGCACUGCAAAAGUGCAGUAGUUUUGGGUGUAAAACUCUGCUUCCUCUUAAGGGGGACAGAAACUCAAAUCAUCCAAAUUUCUCACCCUUACUGUUCUGGUACACUGCUUUUAAAGUGAGGGCAAUUUUAGAAUGUGGGAAGCAGAGCGAUUGCAUAAUUUAUUUACUAUAGUCAUAUUCUGCAUUUCAGGAUAUGGAUCUUUUCAAGGUGGAUCAAAAGUAAUAUCAAAGCAGGCUAAUGAAAAUCACAUCCCUCUGUAGAGGGAUGGGGGCAUUCUCCCGUGCAAGCAAGAUGGUCUCAGGUGGGGCAUGAACUCAGCCUAGUGCCUAGUGCUUGAUGGUGCAAACACUGACUUGCUUAAAGGCAGUUAAACAGUUUCUCUCCCUCUGAAGCGCCAGUUUUAAUUCUUGCCUGACUCAAGCCACUGCUGAAGCCAGUCUCUCGUGUCUUUUUUGCUGACUCUGAAGCUCCUCUUUUCUCUUACUUGUUGGCAUUGCCUGCUGUGAUUGUGGUGUUGAGGAGUUUAUGGUGGGGCCCUUGGAGUAUGUGUGACUUGCCUAUUAAGGAAAUAGUUUUCCCCUGGUGUGUGUUGGGCUCAUUCAGUGUGAACUGUUUGUGUGUGUGAUUUAACAGUCCGUUUUUUAAAAAAUAAUUUUUAUUUUCCAUUUAAAAAUAUAUAGUCACAUCAUUAUUAUCCACUUAACUUCUUUGGUUGUCUAGAGGCUAUAGACUUCCUUCCCUCCCACCUCUUGGCUUUCAAAAGUAACCUUUAUAUCACAGCAUUUUAUAUCUUUUCCAAUUCUAAUAUAACUCAUUACAAAAUACCUCAAAGUUUGAAUAAAAGUAGAAGGGUAAAAAAUUUCUUAUUACAAGUCUUCAGAUAACCCUACUCAUGUUGUUAAUUGCAUACAAUGAUCUUUCAAAUAUUGUGUAAAUUUACUCCAGUCUUUUUGGAAUACUUGGUCAUGCUAGUUUGGAUUUCCCCCGUCAGCUUCACCAGUUCCGCAAAGUCCAUCAUUUUCAUCUGCCACUCUUCUAUAACAGUCUGUUUUUUACCUUUUUCAUAGAAUCAUAGAAUUGUGUUGGCAGGGACCCGAGUGUCAUCAAGUCCAACCUCCUGCAAUGCAGGAAUAUCUGCUAAAGUGUCCAUGUCAGAUGGCCAUCCUAACCUCUGCGUAAAAACCUCCAUGGAAGGAGAGUCUGCAACCUCCUGAGGGAGUAUGUUCCACUGUCAAACAGCUCUUACUGUUAGAAAGUUCUUCUUGAUGGAAUUUCCUUUCUUGUAACUUGAAGCCAUUGCUCCUCUUGAGCAGGAGAAAACAAGCUUGCUCCAUCUUCCAUGUGGCAGCCCUUGAGAUAUUUGAAGAUGGCUCUCAUAUCUCUUCUCAGUCUCUUCUUUUCCAUGCUAAACAUACCCAGCUCCUUCGACCACUCCUCAGAAGGCUUGGUUUCCAGACCUUUGAUCAUCUUGGUUGCCGCCUUCUGCACAUGUUCUGUUUAAGUUUAGGCCCAGCCCAUUUUCCUCCCCAUGUGCUGCUUAAAUACAAAAAACAAAAACACGCCCCAACAUUUUGUGUCUGUUCAGUUCUUCCUGGUUUUCUAACAGUCUGUCUCCCUACAAUCCUGUCUCCCAUGUUGCGGUUAUUUUUGCCCCAUACCUUUUCUGGCUUGGGGGGAAAUAAUUAGAGACUGUCAGCACCUGCAGUAGCAGCAUGGAAGUUAAUAAGGAAGCACCAGCACACAAGAGACCUGGAAGCAUCUGUGGCAGCAAGCAUAACACCUAAUUUAACUGCUGCCAUUAUGUGGAUCCCUGAGGGGACCGAGCAUGAAAGGCUUCAUGUCGGCAGCAGCUGCAGUUCUGGUGCUUCCUAGGUAGGCAGUAGCCACUGUUUGUGAACUUAUCAGGGCUUAGCUAGCUCACCCCAGGUCAGCUGCCACUGCCUUUUGUGGGAGCAGUCAGUGUGUAAAGGCAGAGAAGUAAUGGCAGGGAAGCCCCUGCAGAAGCCCCAGUCUCAAUCCUUGUCCAGUGGUGGCAUUGAGAGGGCACAGCAGUUUUCACAAUCCUUGAUGAGGCUUUGUCAGAGGAUGAGCUGCUGAGAAGGCAGUGUCAGACAGUUCUUCAAAGGGAAUUGGCGAAGGAGACCUUGUUUCUCAGAGGUUGUUCCGCUGGCUGUGACCACCUGGCAUUUUCCAGGAAGAUGCAACGUUCUGUCACAAGGCCCAUUGCUUCCUCAACACCUUUUGUGGUUGAACCUGACCAAGUGAACACAAGUGCCUGCCUUCAGAUUUGGUGAAUACCAUUCUAGCCUCACGCGGGACGCGGGUGGUGCUGUGGGUAAAACCUCAGCGCCUAGGACUUGCCGAUCGCGUGGUCGACGGUUCAAAUCCCCGUGGCGGGGUGAGCUCCCAUCGUUCGGUCCCAGUUCCUGCCCACCUAGCAGUUCGAAAGCACCCUUAAGUGCAAGUAGAUAAAUAGGUACCGCUUUAUAGCGGGAAGGUAAACUGUGUUUCCGUGUGCUGCUCUGGUGCCGGUUCGCCAGAGCAGCUUCUUCACACUGGCCACGUGACCCGGAAGUGUCUGCGGACAGCGCUGGCUCCCGGCCUCUAGAGUGACAUGAGCGCACAACCCUAGAGUCUGUCAAGACUGGCCCGUACGGGCAGGGGUACCUUUACCUUUACCUUAUUCUAGCCUCAAGAUAUCCUUCUCCAAUUUGUGUUUAUCGUUCAGCAUCGUCAGCAUUUCUGCACUGGUGCAAGCAGAAUCGAGUGCAGCUGGAUAGGGCUAGCAUUAGAGAUUUUCUGCCCCCCCCAAAGGACUUACACCCCAACACAUUGUGAAGAUUGUCAUCAGCAUCAUGGUCUGUCUUGUCUGAUAUUCAGGAGCUUUCUUUAGGUGCUCUUCCUUUCCUUAGUUUCUUAAAGAGGCUACAAUAAUAAAUCCACCCGUACCCAAGGUGGAAUUGCAUACAGAGCUAAAGACUCUGCAAUGACCAGCAUUUAAACAUUUAAAAUCAGUCUCUACGUUUGUUACCAAUUAAGGUUGUAUUUCUUAACACUGUUACUUCAGCAAGGCAAGUUUCUCAACUGAAUACGCUAUCGAUAGCCAAACACCUUUAUGUACUGUAUCAAGACCAAGUAGUAUUACAGACUGAUUCUUCUUUUAGUCUGAAAAUCAAUACACAUUUUCACGGACAGUAAGAGCUCAAUCUUCCAACUUUUUGUCCUUCACCUGAACAUCCUACAGAGAAGGCAUGGCAUUCUCUGGAUGUGAGAAGAUCUUUGAAGAUUCACAUUGCAUGUACAAAGCCAUUUAGACAGUCAUUAUUUGCAUCUUCUCAUCCAAAUGAAUGAGGAAAGAGAGUUUCAGAUUCCACUUGGUCUUAGUGAGUUAGGGUCUGAAUAAAUAUGCCAUAUAAUGUGUUGCACUUGAUGCCACCAUCUAAAAUUACUGCACACUCAGCUACUGGGGCAGGGGCCAAAUGAGCAGACCUCUUCAGGAGGUUGCUACACAUUUACAAAAUGGAUUUAUAUGCCUUGGCUGAGGCAGCUUUGGGGAGAAAAGUGCUGCAGCACGGACUCCUAGACCAAUAGGCAGCUAAAGCCUUCCCUACAUGGGUACACUUUUGGACACUCCAUCUGAGACCAUCUUACAUGCACAAGAGAAGGGACUGCUGGUCUUAACUGAAAAAAAUAUCUGUGCAUGUAAUGAUGGUCUCUGGGCUGCACUCUGUAUUUUACAGUGCCUACUGGGGUGUGAGUUUGUCAUGGGAACAAUGGCGUUUGUGCAGUUGAAUGCUUGUCUGUGUUUUUGUUUCUUUUGUGUAACAUUUCUGCUCUUAAGCUUUGUCAUGAACAAAAACUAGUGCUACAGAGGGAAAGAGACAAUUUAACUGCUUUUGAAACAAUUUGUGUUUAUGCCAUAAAACACAUGGGGCAGCUCACAUCUCAACUGAGACUAUAUUUACAUGCAUAGAGAAAUUUCUUUCAGGUAAGACCAAUGAUCCCAUAUAGCUGAAACAUUCUCUAGUAUUUUCUUCAUCUGUCUGUCCCAAAAUUUCUAGUAGUCACAGUGCAGGCAUUCAGUGCCUUGUCCAACUGCUCCCUCCACCCUCCAGCAUAGCUAAUGGCAACAGGAAACAUUUUCGUAACAUGUACAGACCUUGUGUUGAGUACAUUGAACAGAAGAGUACAAGCCCCACUGAAGCAAACUAAAUCUGUCACUUCUGCUGAAAACGCAAUUGCUUAUUCUCAUAAUUAAAGUAAAGGUAAAGGUACCCCUGCCCGUACGGGCCAGUCUUGCCAGACUCUAGGGUUGUGCGCUCAUCUCACUCUAUAGGCCGGGAGCCAGCGCUGUCCGCAGACACUUCCGGGUCAUGUGGCCAGUGUGAAGAAGCUGCUCUGGCGAACCGGCACCAGAGCAGCACACGGAAACACAGUUUACCUUCCCGCUAUAAAGCGGUACCUAUUUAUCUACUUGCACUUAAGGGUGCUUUCGAACUGCUAGGUUGGCAGGCGCUGGGACCGAACGACGGGAGCGCACCCCGCCGCGGGGAUUCGAACCGCCGACCAUGCGAUCGGCAAGUCCUAGGCGCUGAGGUUUUACCCACAGCGCCACCCGCGUCCCAUUCUCAUAAUUAAGGCUAACUAAAAAGUAAUUCUGUACUCAGGCAAUCAGAAUUCUUCACCAAAAGCAGCUGAAUUCUGUAAUUCUAAAUCCUGCAGAUCAAUCAAAUUUGCAUGUUUCUUUUAUUUACUAUAAUUUUAGCAUUGCAAGGGGAUAUAAACACUACCAUGUGAUUAAUAUGCUGAUUUACUUUGAUUUCUGAGACAUCAGCACAUUUUCAAACAAUAGGGAUAGAAAUGUGCAGUUUAUUAAAUCAAACCUGAGAUUUGGAAGCUCAGCUCAAGCUUUUUGGCUUUGGAGCUUAUUUUUAUUGCUAAAACACAAUCAUUGCAUUGCAGGAUUUUGGGUUUUGAGAUUGUUGCAGUUUCAGCCAAGGCACUAAGAGCCUUCCAAUGCCUUCAGCCUGAGGCACAAGAAGCCAGAAAAACUGGUAGAUAUAUUUUCUUUUCCUGCAACAGAUGCUUAGCUGCCUUUAAUGAUUCUUCAUUACCUUGCACUCUGCAUCAGUUCUAGUGUCAUCUCAGUUUGAUUCUGGGCUGCAAGUUUCAAACGGAAGUGAGAAAGAAAUGUCCUACACAACUUUUUUUCAAAACUUCACAUGAGUCACUGUAGUCGAAACAAAAUAAAAGAAUUUCUUCCAGUAGCACCUUAGAGACCAACUAAGUUUGUUAUUGGUAUGAGCUUUCGUGUGCAUGUGUGUGCACUACAGCAGACAAACAUGGCUACCUACCUGUAACAUGAGUCACUGUAGGAAUUUUGGAGCUGACUUUAACCUAUUUGUGCACCUCAAAUGCUGUUUUGAUCUGUUUGCUUCUUGAUGCAACAGACUAUGGCAGCUGCUUAGCAAUGUGACAGUCUUUUGGGCAUCCUCCUGCUGGUCACUCUUCCUCCCUGCAUCCGUACGUUUGUUACCUGCACUUAAACGUCAACAUUUGGCUGAAUCAUUUUUUUCCUCAUUCUCAGAUUUGUGAUUGUCCGGCGGGAGAAGCUUAUCCAAGACCACAUGGCAAAGCUGAAACUGAAUCUCCGGCCUGUAGUUGUAGAUCCAGAAUGCCUACGCUGGACUCCUGUCAUUGUCUCAAACUCAGUGGUUUCAGAGGAUGAAGAAGAAGAAGCUGAAGAUGGGGAAAAUGAAGAGCAGCAGCAGCAGCAAAGGGAAAGAGAGGUAGAGGUCAGUGUGGAAUAGAUAUUUAUAUAUGCAUGCAAUUGUGGAGUAAUUAGCAAAGCAGUCACAUGUGUGCCCCGUAUGGCAGAGGGAUGGAAAGGUAGCUUAAAAGUGCGGAUGGCUAAAAGCCAGCUGGAGUUGCUAAGGAACGUAAUGGGAAAAUUGGAUCCCCUUCAUCUUUCCAUCAAGCCUGUAUUAAUUUGCCCUACCUCUACAUAUGCCACAUUGGGAGGAAUUUUAUUUGAAAAGGUGGGGUAGGAACAAAUAAACACGAAAUUUUGUUAUCCUGAGCCCAAACCAUUAUUUAUUGUUUAAAUUUAUAUCUAGUACGUCCUCCCAAAGGAGUCCAGGGAGGCAAACAAGAAAACACAAAAACUAACAAAAUAUUUAGAUGUUAAAAACAUCUGAGAAUGUUUAAAAACAGCCAUGUAUCCUCACACCUAAUAAUUUCCAGGUUGCUAGAAAUAGAAAGAGAGUGGUGCAAUGAUUAGAGUGUUGGACUAGGACCCAGGAGACCAAGGUUCAAGACCCCACCCCCACCCCCGACCGUGUAGCUCACUGGAUGACCUUGGACCAGUCCUUGCCUCUCAGCCUAAUCUACCUCACAGGGUUGUUGUGGAGAUUAUAUUAGGGGGAGAACCAUGGACACCACCUUGAGCUCCUUGGACAAAGGGUGGGAUAUAAACACAUUAGGCUAGAAAAUUAAAUUAGUAUGUUGUAGCCAUUAAAUACCUGGACAAAUGGAAAUGUUUUUAAAAACCUCCUGAAUGCUUUGGAAGGUGUUCCAUAAGUGAGGAACCAAUACUGCAGUGAUGGCCAAAUUUGGCCAUCCAGCUGUUUUGGAACUACAAUUCCCAUCAUCUUUGACCACUAGGUCCUGUUACCCUGGGAUGAUGGGAGUUGUAGUCCCAAAACAGCUGGAGGGCCAAGUUUGGCCAUCACUUCAGUACUGAGAAGGCCCUGCCCUGGGUCAACAUCAAUCAGGAAGUCCCCAGAAGGGGUGGCACUGCCAAAAGGGCCUGCUUUGAUGGUUUUCUGGCCCGAGGUGGUUGGUUUUGAGGGAGGCUGUCUUGGGUCCCAAGCCCUUUAGGGUUUGUUUACUGGUACAAAUUCAGACUGGCAGCCAGUGAAGCACUUUCAGGACCAGUGACACAUGGUCCUAUCAAAUUGCCCCACUCACCAACCUAGCAACCUUUUUCUGCUGUAGCUGCAGCUUCUGGAUUGUAUUCAGUCACUAGAGCAUGGGCAACUGAGGUCAGGCUAAUAGCUGGCAAACCAGCCUAAUUUGGGUGCAAUCACUCCUAGCUGUAGAAGCCACCUGGCUGGAAUCCAGGAAUGCUCUCGGACUGCAAACCUGUUCCUUCAAGGGACAGUGCAAGCUGUCUACCUUAUUUCUGGACCCGAGAAUCACCCACUGUUUAGUCUCAGUAUAUCUAGCUUAUCACUUCAGCCAGGCACCAGUCCAACCCCACAGCUUUUGCUGAUUUAGAUGGAAGGAGGGAGAGGAAGAGAGCAGUGUGAUAUUAACAUAUAAAUGUUGAAAUAGCAUAUGAGACACAAUGGACCCUGUGGGACCCCACAGCUCAGAACUCAUGGGGCUGAGCAACAUUCCUCUAGUGUUACCUUCUGGUAAUGACCCUGCAGGCAGAAGCAGAUUUGCUGCAAUAAGGUGCCUCUAGCUCCCAACCCCUGAUUUGUUUCAAAAUGAGACUAUGGUCAGUGAUGGCAAAAGCCAUUGAAAGAUCGAGGGUUGUUCCCACCUCUUGGUCUCUCUGUUCUGAUAAAGGCAAUCAGUCAGGGCAACUGAGGCUGUUCUGAUGCUAAAAAUGGGCAUGAAAUUAGACUCAAAUGGAUUUAGAUCAUCUUUGCCCAGAUACUAGAAAUGAAAUACUAGAGACUGAGAUGAAGAGGGCAUGUAAUGGUCUCACUACUACAAGUGUUUUGUUCCUGUCAUCAAGCUGCAACAACUACAAAAGAUCUUGCAGGCUUUGCUCCUUUCUGCACUCAGACAGAAGCCUUCCUACUCUGCAACCUGAGAUCCUUUAACUGGAAAUGAUUAAGACUGAAUCAUGGAACAGUGCUUGUACUAUUAUUGAAUAAUGGGCUUAGGUCUGAAAAUUUGGCUCAUCUGAACUUAAACCCCUGGGGUCUAUUGCACUCAUGAACCCAGUUUCGGAAUAAAAAUAUUCCCUUCAUGGCCUAUAUAGUGACGGGAAAUUUAUGCAGCCUGGAUGGAAAGAUGGAUGGGAUUGUUCAGAUGAGGUUUUCCAUGAUCAUUGGUAGGCCUGCACAGGAAGUGUAGAAAAAUUGAGGCCAAGGAAGGAGAGCAGAAAACCCCGGGAAGUAGUGGUGGGGCCCAGGAAGAGGGAGUGGGCUUGAGGGUGGAAGUUGGCUAGCUAAUGGGGAGGUAUUUGGGAGAGGAAAACUGGAGGGAAAUCGGAAGAAAGGAAAGGUGGACAUGACCAGGAGUUGUGGAAUCAAGGAAAGAUCAAGAUUGUUCCAAUCUUUGGCUGCAAGCUGGUACUUUAAAUGCAGAACCAACUUUCCCAGCAACCUUAUGUCUGUAGGAAGUAACAGUUGCAAGAAAGUCUUAAAUAAAAUAGCUUGCUUUUUUUCUUUAUACCAGGUGAUCAAAUCUGUAUCCUGGGAGAAAAAAGAGAGAGAGUCUUACUUUCCUCUGGAGAGCGAAAAAAAGCCAGACAUUGUUUCUCCAGCCAAUUCUGUGCGGCCAAACAAACAAAGUCUUCCCCUUGCUGGUCUUCCUGCAAACAACCAGAUGCCACGGAGAGGCCGUCGGAAGAACAAACAGCCGCGGGAGUCCUUUGCAGAGAAGGAUUUGAAACUGCUUUUAGAGGAGAAGUCAGCCAUGGCCAGGGGAGGUCGCUGUGGGGAGUGUCAGGAAAAGGCGGUUGCGGCUGCUGCGGCGGCUGCAGCUGCGGCCGCUUCCCGAGAGAGAUUUGGGGAGACUGAAGAGAGAACCACUUCCUCCCAGGGACAGUGUGGCAAAUGUGAGGAAAAGUCCCCGGCUCCCCGGGGGCACUUUGGCAAAGAUGAGGAAAAGUCCCCCAUCUCCCAUGGGCAGUAUGGCAAAGGGGAGAAGCCCUCAGUGGCUCAGAGAUACAGUGAAGUGUGGAGAGGGCAGCUGAAGACCCACGAACCCCUGAAAGGCAGACUCUCCAAGGAGUGCGACCGAAUACCCCGGCCACACCGCGAGGGUGAGAGGACACUGCCAAGGCACUUCAGUGAGAGCAGCGAAGAGGAGGGGGAGGAGCCUGUCAGCCCCUGCUCCACUUCCCCACCAGUUCUCACCAAACCCACCUUGAAGCGAAAGGUAUGUCUUUCUCCCUUUCUGUCUGCUCCGCAGCUGCACACAACCCUGAGCUUUCUCCUUGUGUUAGCUUCUGCUUGCCUGUCGAACCUCUCUCAUUCCCUGGAUAGGUUCCUGAAAAGCUAUUGCGUCUGUAGGCUUUAUGUGCAUGUGUAAGAAGGUGAUCAUAUUCAGGACUGUGUAUGCUUUUAAGAAUAAUAAGCCCAGAAAAACUUAAUUUUGUAAUUUAGCUUUUUGCAAAUUUACUGUUUUACAAGUAGCAGUUCUGGGAGGGAACUUUCAACCCCCCCCCCCCCAAUUUUGCUAGUUAAGGGAGAGACAUGCAGGGCACUGACAUCCCACUCACAACCAUUGGGACUCUUAUCCAGCAGGUCUUCUGGCUUCUGAGAUUUUAGCAGCCAUUGCCUAUACUUCCAAACACAUGUUAAGUCAGACAGUGCCAGAAACUUUGCUGCUUUUUCUUUUUUCUAAACAAAUGCAGAGGCUCUCAGGAAGCAAAAUCUCAGCCCACUGCUGCACUCCGUUUGUUUAUUCUGCUCAGCUGUUGCAGCAUGCACAUAUUGCUACUUACAUAUUUGUGAGAUGCAUAUUCUAAAGAAAGGGUGGGAAGCCUGUGGCCCUCCAGAUGUUGGUGGACUCCAAUUCCUGUCAGCCCCAGCCAGUACAGUCAGUUAUCAGGGAUGAUGGGAGUUGUAGGCCCACAACAUCAGGUGGGCCCCAGAUUCCUCAUCCAUUUUUAAAGGUUUAUCUUUGUGCCAGGGAAAGGCAGUAGGUUUAGACUUUGAAAGGGGGCCCUAGGGGACCCUAGGAUAUUGAGGACCUCUCUCUAUGGGCAGAGAAUGUCUCCAGAGGCCUCUUCGUUGCAGCUACAGUUAGUUCUCUACUAUCCGUAUUUUGAUGGUAGGUGCAGAGGGGGGUCUGGCAUGCCCUUGACACCGGAGGGGGUGGAAUAUGCCAGUCCUGAAACUGGAGUACUGACAUGUUCUCCAGUCGCCUCCCCUCCUCCUGUCCUGGCCAAUGUGAGCCCAGCUGGUGGCCAUAGGAAAUGACAGUGGCCCUCCCUGGAUGUCUCCUCUCCGCAUGCUAUAGGGCUUCUCUCUCUUGCCUCACUGAGUUGUGCUGUAUGUAACCAUCUGUCACUUGGUUGUGGUUGUUUGUGCAGAAGCCCAUUCCCCGGAAGAGGCGGGUCCGCAAGCGCAAAUAUCACAACAGCAGUGUUGUGACAGAAACCAUCUCUGAAACGACUGAGGUCCUGGAUGAGCCUUUUGAGGACUCUGAUUCUGAAAGGCCCAUGCCUCAACUGGAGCCCACCUUUGAGAUGGAGGACGAGGAGGACGAGGAAGAAAGUGAACUAUUCCCAAGAGGAUAUCUUCGUCGCCUCUCUCCCCAAGGCUCCCUCAGGCACAGGCCCUCCUCCAAGAGAGGAUCUCAGGGUGGAGAGGAGUCCGACGAUGCCACUGGUAGGUUUCUCAAGAACAGUUGUCAGUGGGUGCUUCAAUGCAGUGUAACUUGCCAUAAGAAAGGUCGCUAACUGCUCCCUCCCUGCACUCGGUGCCCAUAUGAAACAUGCAAGGUUGCCCAGUCCCAGGAAUACGUGAGCUGCGACAACUAGGGAAGAAAAUGUGGGGAGAGCAUGGAUGUGGGAAAAGACAAAGGACAAGGGCUGCCAGAGCCCUUGGACCAAGGGCAACCUGUGACACACACACACACACACACACACACACACACACACCCCGGCUUGGGUUCUUGGGUUUCCACCUCCCGUUAUGGCAGGCUAAAACAUCCAGAUGGCCACAGGUUCCCUGUUCCUGCCAUGGAUGGCAAUGAAACUUCUAUUGAAAGAGAUGAGGGCCAAGGCCAAGCUCCAGGGGGCCAGCUGGUGACAUACAACCUGCUUAAGGAACUGGGAUGAACUCCAUGGCUUACUGGUAGGGGUGGGGUGGGGGAAUUCAACAACAACAAGAAGCAAUCUUACCAGUGCAGGCAUCUGUUGUCCCUCCUUUCACCUGGUGGUAAGAAAGUGGAAGGUAAAGCACCCACUUCCAUCAAAUAGCCCAUUACAGUGGUGCCCCGCAAGACGAAUGCCUCGCAAGACGGAAAAACCGCUAGACGAAAGGGUUUUCCGUUUUGGAGUUGCUUCGCAGGACGAAUUCCCCUAUGGGCUUGCUUCGCAAGACGAAAAUGUCUUGCGAGUCUUGAGAUUUUUUUUUCGCUUUCCCCCCCCUUUAUCUAAUCUGCUAAGCCUUUAAUAGCCUUUAAUAGCCUUUUAGCAGCUAAUCCCCUAAGCCUUUAAGCCUUUAAUAGCCGCUAAACCGCUAAUAGCGCUAAUCCGUUAAGCCGCUAAUAGGGUUGCUUCGCAAGACGAAAAAACCGCUAGACGAAGACUCUCGCGCAACGGAUUAAUUUCGUCUUGCGAGGCACCACUGUAGUUUCAGUGUGGUUCAUUUAGUUAGAUCAGUCUGUCACUGCAAAGUAGAAGCACAGGCAUUUUGAGUCCUGUAGUCAGCAAGUAUAUGCUGCAUGAACCAGAGGCUCUCAGCAACCGGAUGCCAUCUGUGACUGGCCUAGUUUUUGUGCAGGUGCUGCGUAUAAAAGCUGUUUUUAUGUUUUGUUUAUAUCCAAGGCAUUUUAUCAGAAUCGUUCUUUAUAGCAAUCCUUUCCUGUAUUUCAGUCAAAAGCUUACUCCUAAGGGGUACACAGAAUGGACUGCACAGUACAUAAAGUGCAAUGUCCUCUGCAUUGGCUUUAGAUUCCACAAGAGUAGAUUUACAGGAAUCUCAUUAAGUACCUUCUUUCUAGAUUAGCGGAAUACCUUUUCUGGAAUCAGCUGUAAAAGCAUUCCUCAGAGAACAGAAUAUAAGAUCAUAAAACUAAGUUACAUAAUAGAAAGCAAUAUCAUUGAGGAUGUUCUGUGUCUACCUGUGUGUCUGAUCAUUUAUCUGUUUUAGCUCUGCAACCCUCCACUCAUCUGUUACCAAGCCAUUAUAAGACAGUAGCAGUCCACAUUUCUUCAUCUAAUAGGCUGUUACCUUCAAAUUGCAUUUGUUCAGUUCCAUAAAAACUGGAAUUGGUUCAUUCUUCACCCCCCGCCACUCUCCCUUUGUCGUCGAUGACAUUGUGGGAAAGUUCAUGCUAGGCUGUAGCUUCUUAACCCUCUCCAAAGUGCUUUUGCAUCUAGUCUUGAAUUUAGACUAUUAAGCUGCAUUUAACCUUUAAGAGGUUAAACAACAGUCACUCAGCCCAGAUGGCCCUGUUAAGUGUAGUUUUGUAGUAACCUGUUAGGCAGAUGCUUAUGCUCUCUGCAUGUGAAUGAGUCAGUUACUGUGAGAUACUUGGCUAUAAUGCUCGAUUACCUUUUUUCAAAACUGCAGUACAAAACAUUUUAAUCUACUUCCACUGAUUCCUCCUCCUUCCAGUAGAGCAGCCUUUUUCAGCCUUGGGUUCCUAGGUGUUGUUGGGCUACCGCUUCCCUCAUUCCUGGCUGUUGCUUCUGCUUGCUAUGGAUGAUGGGAGUUGUAGUCCCAACAAUAUCUGGGCACCCAAGGUUGAGAGAGGCUAGUAUGCCACAUGGGAGCAGCUGUUGGCAAGAUAGAUGCUGUGGAUUGAAUUAGGAGGAUUGAGGUGUGUGGAAGAUCCUACCUUGCAGAGGCUUCCACAACCCACAAGGAAAUGAUCCUCUUGUGCAAAGCUAUGAAUUAUUCUUCCAGUUCUUCUCCACCUCCCAAAUUGGAUAGCCAUACUUGCCUCCCUGGGCUGCUAUAAAUAGUACUAGUUAAUGCACUGUGAACAUUGGAAAUGGGCUGUAUCAGUGAGGGUUAGACAAUUUGAGUCUGAGCUCUAAAGUAUGACUAGGCCUUUCUGCAGUGCACACACUGUGUGUCCCUGCGGUGCCCUGUGCCUUUGUGUAGUUUUGCAGCUCACUUCUAGUCCCAGCCACAGCACAGCGGUGCAAGAGGCCCCCAGGAGCAGCCUCAACCUGGCUCACAGACACCCCUACUGCUGUCCAAGUGCCACAGGCCUCGGCUGCUUCUAUCACAGUUGUUAUUACAGCCCUGUGACACAGAGCUGGGAAGUCGUACAUCUCAAAGCUGGGAAAGGUUGCUCAAUCUUUGCAAAUGCCAUGGCACAAGCUGCAGUUGGUGGCUGUGAAUAUGUUCAUUUCAUUAAAUUAUAUAUACAUGGCUUAAUACAACAAAGUCUCCAAGUGGAUCACACAAAUUGUAAUAAUAAAAUCACAACCCAAAUGUCUGUACAUGAUAUUUAAACACCAUAACAAUCCAGUAGAACAUUAAGCAAAACAUUAAAGCAGAAAUACUGAAAUGCUGCCAAUAGGCUGCUACAAGUGCUGCAAAGAAAAUACAUAGUGACCCACAGCUCUGAAGAGUCAGUGACAGUAGUGGCCUGAAUUGAGAAAAUUCCUUCUGUCAAGGCAGUUUCAUUUGUUCAUUUCUUGACAUCGUUAAAAGGCAUUGAUUUUAUAUCUACAAACUCAAGGAGUGAUUUUCUGCUUGUCCUUUAAGUAGCAGGCUCUUCCCAUGGAAAGCUGAGCAGCAGAAAUAGUUCUUAGAUUCCAGCAUGUAAUAUUAUUUUAGGAGAUAAUAGUUGCAGCCAACCAGUGACCAUGUGCUCCUUCUCCACCAGUCCGUUGACUUGCUUCAUCUCCCACUUGAUUGACAUAUCACUGGCCAGCAUCUCUUGCUCUGUCUGCUUACCUUGGUUGAGAGCUCUUUGGGCUUGGGCCCUUUCGAGGCUUGAGGUGUAAAUGCAAUACCUGGGAAGGUGGGAGAGAGAGAAAGCAGUUUCAGGUCAGGAGACCCAGCUGAAUCUCCUUCCUCUAACACACCAGCACUAUCCUCUAAUAGAUGUGCAGUUUGUUCUUUAGGUAGGGCUACAAGGUUUAAUUAGUAGACUAUAGCAGACUAAAUCUUCAGUCAGUCAACUGUGGGGGCAACAAUUGAGUGAAAAAGGCAGCUUGAAAUACAGUAUUUAUUUCGGAUAAGGAGUGGUAACUUGCUAAAUUGCACAUUAACUUGAGCUUGCUGUAACAUCUUAGAGAAGCUGCUCUAUGGAGCUUUUGGCAGUAUGUAAUAUUAACAGGCAGGUGGUUAAUCAACUGCAGAUAUUUCAGCUGCAAGCCUAGUGAGGAAUUGGGACGAGAGGUCCAGCUGUUUAACCUUUCCCUCCUCCUUUUCCCUCCUCUUUAGGCUCUCCUACCUUGAAACCAGUCUCGGUGCUGAGAAAAUGUGAAGUGAAAGAUUCCCCACUCCAGCCAGACACUUCCACCCCCAUGAAGAAGAAGAAGGGCUGGCCCAAAGGCAAAAGCCGCAAGCCUAUCCACUGGAAGAAGAGGCCUGGCCGCAAGCCAGGCUUCAAGCUGAAGAGAGGGAAGGUCUUGGCAGCUGCCACCGAAGAGGCAACUGACCCCACGGAAGCCGCUUUGAAACCAGGUCGCAAACCAAAAGUGCAGGAGAAGGAAGAGCCUGUUGAGCAGAAGGAAGAGCUUCUGCAUGUUGUAGAGGAAAGGAAAGAAGAAGAAGAAGAAGAAGAAGGGCCUCCAGAAGUUGGGGACCUGGGAGAGGAAGAGGAAGGUGCAGCUGCCAGUGAAGCAAGAGGGGCUUCUCCUUUAGGCAGCAGCAGCAGCAGCCCAGCAGCAGAAGUCAAGGAACCUGACAUGGAGGAAGAGGUGGAGAAGCCCCAGAGCCUCGGAGAGCAGAGGCAGUCGGAAGAAGAGCAGCCGGAGAUGGAAGAACCUGAGCGAGAAGAGGAGGAGGAGGAGGAGGAGGAAGUGGCAGCUGUGGCAAACCAGAAUGAAGACCACGAUGCGGAUGACGAAGAAGACGAUGGGCAGGUGGAGCCUGCCAAGAAGAAUGAACUGGAAGAGCAGGCAGCAACAGAGGGGCUGAAGGAAGAGCCUGACGCUCAGGAGCCUUUUUUAGAAACAAGCACACAGGACAGCAGAGAAGAGGAUGUCAAGAACAAGAGUGAGGGAGAAGCAGAUUCUGAGGAGGAGCAAGCCUCCCAUGAGACAUCGGUGGGAUCAGAUCCCGUUCCUGGUUCCGAAGAUGACCAAGAGGAAGAGCAGCAUGCUAAGGAAGGAUUAAUUGAGCUGAAGGAAGAGGAGCCAAUCCCUCACAGUGAACUGGAUCUUGAAACCGUCCAAGCAGUGCAAUCCUUGACGCAGGAGGAGGAGAACAAUGAGCAUGACGUAGCCUACCAGGAUUGCGAGGAGACCCUAGCGGCUUGUCAGAACCUGCAGAGCUACACCCAAGCUGAAGAGGAUCCUCAGAUGUCUAUGGUUGAGGACUGCCAGGCCUCAGAACAUAACAGCCCCAUCUCCUCUGUCCAGUCUCACCCUAGCCAGUCGGUGCGCUCCGUCAGCAGCCCCAGCGUGCCCAGUGCCCUGGAGAGCGGCUACACCCAGAUAAGCCCUGAGCAAGGCUCUCUCUCCGCACCUUCUAUGCAGAACAUGGAGACCAGCCCCAUGAUGGAUGUGCCUUCUGUAUCGGACCAUUCUCAGCAGGUGGUGGACAGUGGCUUCAGCGACCUCGGCAGCAUCGAGAGCACAACAGAGAACUACGAGAACCCCAGCAGCUACGACUCGACCAUGGGUGGCAGCAUCUGCGGUAACAACUCGUCUCAGAGCAGCUGUUCCUAUGGUGGCCUGUCGUCCUCCAGCAGCCUCACCCAGAACAGUUGCGUCGUCACCCAGCAAAUAGCCAGCAUGGGCAACAGCUGCAGCAUGAUGCCCCAGGGCAGCGUCCAGCCCGCCACAAACUGCAAUAUCAAGUCCCCCCAGAGCUGCGUGGUUGAAAGGCCUCCGAGUAACCAGCAGCCGGCGGCACAGCCCCCCCAGCCCCAGCAGCCCCAGCAGCCCCAGCAGCCCCAACCCCCUCCUCCAGUGCAGCAACAGCAGCCUUCCCUGUCCCAGUGUAGCAUGAACAAUAGCUUCACUCCAGCACCCAUGAUAAUGGAAAUCCCAGAAUCUGGCAGCACGGGCAACAUAAGCAUCUACGAGAGGAUUCCUGGGGAUUUUGGUGCCGGUGGCUACUCCCAGCCAUCGGCCACCUUUAGCCUAGCCAAGCUGCAGCAGCUGACCAACACCAUAAUGGACCCUCAUGCCAUGCCUUACAGCCAUUCCCCCGCUGUGACUUCCUAUGCAACCAGCGUGUCUUUGUCCAACACCGGCCUGGCGCAGCUGGCUCCGUCUCAUCCGUUGGCCGGGACGCCCCAAGCACAAGCCACCAUGACACCCCCUCCCAACUUGGCGUCCACCACCAUGAACCUCGCCUCGCCCCUCCUCCAGUGCAACAUGUCCACCACCAACAUCGGCAUCCCCCACACCCAAAGGCUGCAGGGGCAGAUGCCCGUCAAGGGGCACAUCUCCAUCCGCUCCAAGUCGGCACCCCUGCCCUCAGCAGCUGCUCACCAGCAGCAGCUCUAUGGGCGCAGCCCCCCUGCGGUUGCCAUGCAGGCCGGCCCCCGAGCGCUGGCUGUCCAGCGCGGCAUGAACAUGGGGGUGAACCUGAUGCCAACUGCCCCUUACAACGUCAACUCCAUGAAUAUGAAUACCCUGAAUGCUAUGAACAGCUACCGGAUGACCCAGCCCAUGAUGAACAGCAGCUACCAUAGCAACCCUGCCUACAUGAACCAGACAGCCCAGUAUCCUAUGCAGAUGCAAAUGGGAAUGAUGGGGAGCCAGGCCUAUCCCCAGCAGCCUAUGCAGCCAAACCCUCACGGGAACAUGAUGUACACUGGCCCCUCUCAUCACAGCUACAUGAAUGCUGCUGGGGUCCCCAAGCAGUCUCUCAACGGACCCUACAUGAGAAGAUGA